CUUUGCUGGUGUGAUGUACUCGUGCGCUUGAGCUGCGAUUCUCAUGCCGCUGCUACGUGCGAGAAAUCGUUAAUUCCUAAGCCUCAUUGAAUGGAAUUGAUUGCUCAAGCUUCAAAUUAGUGCUUGCAUUAAGACUGUUAAUCAUAAAACUGAGUGAUAACGCUAGGAGAUGAUCUGUUUUCGUAUUUUAUUAGCUUGAGUGUUAUGGAUUAGCAAGCGCUGUGAGCAGCGCAUGCCGCUAUUGCGUGGCUGCAAAUCUCUUCAGACUUCAGUUCUUCUAUUAGAUGUCAGCAGACGAGCGUCAUGCCAGAGAGGAUAAAAACAAGGAAGGUGGGAAGGAAAAGAAAGAAGAAAGGAAAGAAGAAGGAGGCAAAAGAUUGCUGGAAAAAGUAACUUUUUUUGAGCGAAUUUUGAGGGGCAGUCAAGUGCCAACCGAGCUAGCGGUUGAGCAUGCAGAAGAAGCCUUUGAGGAGGACCGAGAAGAGCUGAAGCAUGAAAGAAGAGAAACGCCAGAUAAACGGAAGAGACCGAAGAGCAAUACUUCUCCUUCAUCACGGCCGCCUGGUUAUCGGCAGUGGGAAUUCACCGACAGCCCCAGCGCCCGUGGGGCUGAAGCCGUCGAAGACCUCGAACGGAAGAUCGCUGUACGCCGACAGGAGGCGCUGAAAAGAGCGCGCUCCCCCGUCUUGGAGUGGCAGACCAUCAAACUGAAUCCUUGCGCCCGGGAGGACGACAAGAAUUCCCUUCAUGCAGGGAGGAACUCACCUGACAGCAACCUCGCGGAACCCCAUAGAGAGACCCAGGACGUGGCGAGGGCUUGGGUAAAAGGGAAGGCAUUUUCCAGGACCUUCAUCAGUACUGAUGAAAAGAAUGUCAGUAUCGCAACUACCCAAAAAGGGGGCUGGAGCCCCCGCCAUGACAGGGAUGUGAUGCGGGACAGGCACAGCCUGAGGGCAGUGAGGGAUGCUGCCCUCGCCUCAGGAGGCACCGCUGAUGACGACGAAGAUGAGGCCAUAGAAUAUCCCUCAGCGUCGGUCUCCAUUCAGUCGACAGCCUCUGUCCAGUCGACAGCUCCUGUCAAGUCGACGGCAUCUGUCCAGUUACCAGCACCUGUCCGUGCGACAUCCCCUUUUACAAAUGGCCAUCGUGGCGCCAGUAGAUCGUUCCUCCCGAACGUGUCAGUAGACAGCGCCUAUGAGGCAGAAACUUUAAACGUUCCUGAAGACCAAGUGCCAGCAGGAGGCACUGCUGAAGGGGAACUGACUCAAGGAAUGCACUUGAAUGUCUCCCCCGGGGACGAUGAGGAGGAUGAUGAACCCCUGAGCAUGGUGUCGGUGAGCAGCAUCGUCCUGGAGGGAGGUGGGGUGCGGAGGUACAGCAGCAAGGUGGUCAUCAAGGAGCGGGAUGCGGCCUAUGCUCAGGGCAAAGAGGCCUACACUAAAUAUCUCAAAAGGAGCCGACGGACAACGACGGCCAAAGGAGGUGUAGUGGCUACCUCCGAGAUUCUGUCCACCGAUCAGGAUGGACUGGAGUCCAGGCCGCCUGCCCAGAAGGAGGAUUAUCAGCACCACAUUUUCAUCAUGCGAGACGAGCAGGAGCGCGUGCAGAAGAAGACCUUCCUGAACUGGAUCAACGCUCACCUGGCGAGGAGGGCGCCGCCCCUGCGUAUCAAGGACCUAACAGAAGACCUGCGUGACGGCACGGCGCUGCUGGCGCUGCUGGAGGUGCUCAGCGGCGAGGUCCUGGCGACGGAGAAGGGACGCGUCCUCCGCCGCCCCCACCACCUCGCCAACGCCAACACCGCGCUGCAGUUCCUGCAGAGUCGCAGGAUAAAACUGGUGAACAUCAACUCGACGGACCUCGUGGACGGGCGGCCAUCUGUCGUCCUGGGCCUCAUAUGGACCAUCAUCCUCUACUUCCAGAUCGAGGAGAACACCCGCCAGCUGGAGAGGCUGGGAAAGAUCCUGGAAGAUCAGAUCGACCACAGUGGACGAGGGGAGUCACCCUUCCCUCCAACGGGAGGUGGAGGAUGGGGAGGACCCGUGGGUACGGGCAUCUCCCGUGAGCGCCCGUCUGUCACCCGACGUUCGGCGGCCGCCGAGAAGUGGAAAUUGAGCGCUCGUCGGGCGCUGCUCGAGUGGGUGCGCCAGCACGUCACUAAACGCUUCGGCAUCGUCGUUAACGACUUCGGUGCGAGCUGGCGCGACGGGAAUGCCUUCCUGGCGCUGCUGCAGUGCAUCAACCCUCGUCUUGUCAACCUCCAGUCCAUGGCGGGCGCCGCCCCCCGGGACCGUCUCGAGCUCGCCUUCAGACUCGCCGAGCGUCACCUCGGCGUGGCGCGACUGCUCGACGCUGAAGACGUCGACGUCGAGAAGCCUGACGAGAAGUCGGUGAUGACCUACGUCGCCCAGUACCUGAACAAGUACCCUGAACCUGGCGUGUCCCCCGUCACGCUGGUGUGCACAAGUCCCACCCUGGGUGGUGGGGAACACCUGUCGCAGGUGGAGCUGGAGUACAGCGAGCUCACCACCUGGCUGGACCACACUGCCAGCUGGCUCACCACUCUGCACCAACCGCAAACUCACGGCAACAUCAACUAUGAGAGGUUCGCGUCGCUGCAAGGCGAGGCGCUGGAGAAGCGGCAACUUUACGAGCGUCUCAAGGAGCUGGUCGAGUCCCAGUCGUCCGUGGUGUGCAUCACUCAACAGUCCUGGCGGGACAUCACUCGGGCCUGGGACAACGUGAGUUAUCACGUCGCCAGCAGUCUGAGCCUCAGCAUUGGGGAGCACAAGGAGUUCUUCGGGCAGCUCGAGGAGGUCACCAGGAAAUUUGAGGCCCUCGCAUCCCCAGGAGGAAGCAACCUCCCCCAGCAGCAGCUUCACGCCAUGAGGGUCAGACUCAAUACCCUCGCCCCUAGGGCGGCCCUCAGGAAGAUCCAUCUGCAGUACCUCGAACACAAGUACUGCCUGAUCGCGUUCCUGAUCCUGGUGGAGGCGCGGCUGAAGGCGUGGGCGGUGAAGUACGGCGGGGCGGAGGAGGUGGACGUCGUCCUGCAGGAGUACCGCGCCUUCGUGGGCGCCCGCAACCUCUUCCAGGAGUUCGAGCGCGCCUUCCAGGAGAUGCAGGCCGUGUCCGACGCCUACAAGAAGGACCCGAGCCUCAACAAAGCUGACAUUGAAGGCAUCACCAAGUUUCUGCUGGAGACAAACGAGCGCUGGCGGAAUAUCUCCGUGGAGUUGCGGUGCAUCCAGUCCCUCCUGGAGGAGGUGCUGUCCUACUGGCGCCGCUACGACGACCUCGCUACGCUCCUUAGGGAGUGGCUCCUCAAGGCGGGGCGUAUGAUCAACGUCCCUGAGGCAGAAAAAAAGGCGUUCUUCCAAGACUUGGGUGAUUGGCAGGAGCGUCGGCAGCAGCUGACGGAGGUCGCUAAUUUCCUGACGGCGACGUCGCGGGCUGACGUCGCUCAGAACAUCAAGCGGACGCUGGACGAACUGCAGUCGUCUUGGAAUAGCGUCUUCAUGGUACGUCUGAGGCACGCGCAGCAAUACCUGCGUAGCGGGCAGCUGCAGCGCACGCGCGAUGAUGUCACGUCCGGGCAGCGGCGGCUUCACGACUGGCUGGCUGCCGCCGACCUCCUCCUGGCUGCCCCUGUCCCCUGCACGCUCCCCCACCUGCGGGGGUGUGGGAGUCAGCUCGAGCCAGAUGGCACUUUAGCACUCCACCACCUGCAGACCUUGAGCGCGGAGGUGGUGCAGAUGGAGGAACUGCACCGGCAAGUCUCCACCAGCCUCCACCAGCUGGCGCACCACCUCAGCCCUGAGGAGGUGUCCUCCAUGACGCACCAGUUGCGGCGCACCAAGGAGCAGCUGGUGCGCGUGCGUGACGCCAUCCCACACAAGACGCAUGCCCUCACACAGGCGCUGACGCAGGUGGAGGCAGUGGGCGGAGGGGUGGAGGAGGUGGGGCGGUGGCUGGACCAGGCUGAGGUGCUGCUCAAAGGAUUCGCACCGCACGGCACCAAGGAUACGAUCCUGCAGCAGCUGCAGCAGCACAAGACAUUCUUCAGCCGGCAGUUGUACUUCAAGUCGAUGCUUGACGCCAAGAAUCGCGCGUACCGCAACCUCGUGCAGACCUCCGGCGGAGGAGACCACUUAGACCUCGCCCUGCUAGGGAGCACUAUGGACAACCUCAACGAGAGGUUCGAGGCAGUGUCGCGCAGCAGCCGCGAGUGGGGAACCCGCAUGGCUGACAGCCUGCGGUGCUGGGAGAGCUUCAGGGAGAGCGAGGCGCGGGUGGCCGCAUGGCUGCAGGAGGCCGAGGUCCUCUACCAGCAGAAGGAGGUCACCUCCGUCGAAGACCUCGAAAAACACAAGGACUUCUUCAUCGAGGCGCCCCAGGAGCUGCUGCAGGCGGUGUGGGUGUCGGGGCAGGAGCUGCAGCAACACCUCCCCACCCAGCAGGGGGAGGCUAUAGAUGUGGCCGUCACCUCCCUCAGGACGCGCUGGGAUGAUGUACUGGGGAGGGCUCCUCUGCACCUCCUCCAGAUGGAGUUCAGGCUGGAGGAGAACACCUUUCAUAUGUACCUGAGGGACGUGGAGCAGGAGUUGCUGGGGGAGCAAGGCGCCCUAAGCAAGGCCGACCAUGUGGACGCGCUCAGACGGCGACAUGAGGAAUACUUCGACGCAGAAUUGAUGGGUAAACUGCGAUCCAUCCUCGACAACAUCAAGUCCCUGGGGGAACAGUAUGCCCUCAAGGUACCGGGGGACACGAGCCUGGGGGAGGACGUGGGCCGCUGUGAGGCCCGGUGGACGGUGGUCCUGGAGAGCAUCGAGGCCAUGCGAGGCCAUCUUCAACAAAUUCCACAGCACUGGCGGCAGUACGAGGCCAGGGUUGAGGAGAUGGUCACUUGGAUGGACGCGGUGGACGAAGCUUUGGCUGCCGCCACGGGCGACGCUAACACCGCCCUCGCCUGUGACGCUCAUCGGGCAACCCUGAUGGGCUUGGCCAGCGGCAUGGAGGCGCGUCGGGAGUCGAUGAAGUGGUUGGUCCAGAAGCUCGACUCGCUGUCGAACCUCGUGCCCUCAGAGGACGGGCGGUACGAACAGCAGAAGCUUGAGUCGCUGGUGGCGCGAUACAAAGCCCUAGUGCCAAACAUUGAGACUGCAGCGGCACGAGCCGACGUUUUGAGCAAGUGUUUCCUCUACAGGGAGGAUAUCAACACCGUCAUCGAGACUCUAAGUGAAGUGAAGCGCCAUUGUGACCGAAACUCCGUGCCCGACAAUCUUGAGGUUAUCCAUCAGCUUGUCAAGGAGCAGGAUGUACUCGUAAAGCAGCUCGAGGAGCAGCGACACAACAUCUUCGAGACCCUCCAGAGGGGUAAAGACCUCUCAAAGGAUCCGGCUGCUCCUCUUUUCGUCAGCGGGCUUGUGCAGACGCUGGAAGCUCGCUGGAACGAAGCCUACAAUGGAUCCGUGGAGAAGCUGAAUAAGCUAAAGAAUACACGUAAGGUUUGGUCCGAUUAUUCCGACCAGAAGAACGAGAUCCAAAAACUGCUUUCACAGGCCGAGGCUGAGCUCUCUCAGGUUGUCCAAAAAAAUAACCCUCAGGAGGUCGCCAACGAACUCAGCCACAAGCAGGAGAUGAAUGAACACCUCAACGACGCCACCGAUCAGAUGAUGAGGAAACUGAACAGCUUGUCGGCAAGCCUUGCCGAGCUGUCCCGUCCGGAGAAGAAGCCGCUCCUGAAGAAGGAAGUAGAGGAAAUAGAACGGCGUAUGCAGACUGUCAUUGAAACGGUUACGGAAAAAAUUGCAUUCCUCGAGCAACUGGACUCCAAAUGGAACAACUUCACCGGAGCGCUGACGGAGCUCAAGAAGUGGGUGAGUAACGCACAGGAGCUCCUAGAACGGCUGGUCACUCUGGACAUGAGCCCAGAAGAUCGUGCCGAACAGACGGAAAAACUGAAGAAUAAUCUUGUCGAGAAAAUGGCUGUGAUAAAGACACUGGAAGAAGACGGACUGGAGCUGCUGGAAGGAGAGCCCUGUGAUGACUCACUGCAAUUUACCUCGGAUCUCGAUAAGCUGAAAGACUCGAUGUCCACCUUGACUCAACACACCAACAAGCAUGAGCUCACAGUCCGAAAGGAACUCGUGUCCUGGAAGAAAUUCCAGGUUCAGGUUCAGGAUAUCCGUCCCUGGAUAGAAGAAGCUGAAGUGAACGUAGCCGUCGGGCUGACCAAACCAUCAUCUCUGCAUGAGGCCAUCCAGCAAUCCAAGACCACGAAGGAGUUUGAGAAGAAGUGCGAUGAGUACCUCGGCAAGAUCAAAAACGUUACGUCAGAAAGCGCACAGGUUCCUCGUUUGGGAUCCAUCAGGGACGAGAUGGACGCCCUCCACUCUCGCUGGGCUGCCAUACAUGACGUGGUGGUGCAGUGGAGUGAGAGGACCGAAAGCCUCGUUGCUGAGUGGGAGGACUUCAACUACAAGUGCGAUGCGGUCACCUCCUUCAUCCACCAAGUCGAGGAGCGGCUCGAGACAGUGAGCGAGUUUUCCCCGAAAAUUCUGAGCCUGGAUGACCGAAUUGAGAACCUCAAGGAAAUGUCACAGGAAAUCUCCGAAAAUCAAAAUAGCAUGAUCAACAUAACUGCCACGUCUGAACACAUCGCCUCUGCCCUCAAUGCCGAGGGUGCUGCGGCUGUUAAAGCCUCAAUAUCUGAGCUCAAGACGUCGCUGAGCAGACUUACUGAAGAGGUCAUGAAGCUGAAAAACGAGCUUUCUGAUGUUGUUAUCAUGAAGGAGGAAUACACAUGCAAGCUCAAUUCACUGGAGACUUGGCUCAACCGCUUCAGCAACAAACUCGACGAUCUCGAUGACAUCGAUAUUGACGAACUCGACAACCUGCCUGACUUACUCCACUCUCUCCAGCAAGAGCACGACGACCGCCAAGUUCAGGUAACUCAGCUGGCCGAAGAGUGUCGUGACGUUGGAGAACGAUGCACGGGUCGUGACAGGGAAGAUUUCUACCAAAUGUUUGAUGAUAGUGAGUCGCGUUAUGAACGUUACGGCAGUCUGAUACAGUCCAAGAAACCCGCCAUUGUUAAGUGGAAGGAGCUGUGGGACUGGCAGCUCAGUUCCUACGAUACACUUAACUCUAUCAGGCAGCAGCUUGACAAUAAGCUUUCCCUGGAUGAGUGCACGCAGAUCAGCAAAGAACUGACGUCAGUCAGCGAGCAGUGCCGUGCUUGGGAGGAAGAAGCUGAGAACAUCAAAGAGUUGUGUAAGAAAAGUUCAACUACCAUCAGGGAUCCUGAAUCCGGACAGCCCUUAGAGGUUGAAGAGCAGAUAGAGAGCGUCAAAAAGAAGAUAAACGCCGCAGAAAAUGUUCUGGAAGGCAAUCGAAAACAGCUAAUGGAGCUUAGUUCUCAGUGGGAGUCGUUCAACCGAGUCAAAAAUCAAAUCAAUAACUUCUUAUCAAGCACCUCCAAUAGGUUCGCCGGUAAAGACCAAGCGUUGAGCAGCCAUGGUGCAGUGCAACGUGUGCUGGACCAGGUCGAAGUUGCUCUCGAGGACUUGCAGUCUCAGACUAAAAAUAAAGAGAAACUUCAUGACUUAGGCAGGGAGCUCAUGUUGAAUGAUCCUACCCAGCUAGUGGCAGUGCAGAACGCUCUCACAGCCGCUGACGGGGCAUGGGACAGGACCCAGAACAACCUCUACGAGCUGCAGACAAAGUACACGAGCAUCUCGUCGUUAUGGGAGCAGUGCAAUGAAUUGCAGAAAGAGCUUGCGGAUGCCAUUGAGGUAGCCAAAAAAGAAACUGAAAAGCUGCAAGGUGCCCCCAGUGAUUCAGCGGCCGUGCAAUCCAUGGUAAACAUCGCCAGAAAAGCAGUGGAAGCACUGAAGAAAACGAGGCAAUCGCUGGAGAACUAUUCAUCCAAAUCACAGCAUUUGAGGCAGCAACUGGAAAACGUGGAGUCCACAAGUACUGCCGAGGUAAAGGAACUUGCUAGCAAGAUUCAAACAGACUGGCAGAAAACCCUUGACAGUCUCGUGCAACGCAGUCAGACUCUGGAAGGCCUUCAUGUUCUCUGGAAACAGAUUUCUCAGAGCCGGGAUGAAAUCUUCAUGUGGCUUAACGAAACAUGUGCUUCACUUGAUGACAGGAAGCUGCUCGAAGACCCUGAAAAAGCCAUGGAGCAGCUGGAAAAAUACAAGGCUGACUUGCCCACGCAUGAGAGUUUGUUUAAGAAUUUGAAAAGUAGAAUUUCUCAACUGGAAUCAUUGAAUGGUGGAAGGUCAAUUCCGGUAGCAAAUGGAAUAAUAGGCACUUUGACCACGGAAUUCGACCAGACUCAUUGUGCCUACUCCAAACUCUCGUCAUAUUUAGAAGAGAUGAAAGACCAAGAGACCUCGAUCUUUGACGAGAUUAAAGAUACCUCGGAAACCCUAAUCCAGCUGCGCGAUCGUCUGAUGAAGUGUGACGACGUGACAGGUGAUGACCAGAAGAUUCUCGACAGAUUCGAAGUGGCUAAACAGAUUGAAAUUGACACCAAUGAAAUCGCUGGAUCAAUUAUCGAUAUCAUGAGUCAAAUCGAAGAACUGCAGUCCAAUUUCGCGGGUUGCGAUAUCAAGAGGUUACACAAAGACUACGCUGGCUUAUCUAAAAAGCAGCAAGCGCUCGUCAAUCAGUGCAACAAGGUGUGCACAACUUUGGAAAGCUCCAUAGAGAAGCAUUACCAAGAUAAACUUGAUGACCUCAUGAGGUUUAUUGCUGUCCACCAAGAGAAGCUUGAGUGGUGCCAACCUGAGCCUGGUACUGAUCGUUAUGGAAUCGAAGCUAAACUGGCGACGUUGAGAGAAGCCAAGACUACCCUGGCGACUGGUCAGACCAAGCGGGCAUCAAUAAUUGAGUCCAAGCCUUUAGCAGAUCAUGUAAUACCUCUUGACAUGAGGGAAAAGUUUGACGCAGGAUUCAACAGCACGAUCAAUGAGCUGGACGAGCUCGCGGUUAAGUUGCAGAAGACAGAGAUUUUGUUAGAGAAAUCGUUGAAGCUAUGGCAGGCGUACGAGAAACUGACGGAGUCACUGAGCACGUGGCUGAAGGAGGCAGAGGGCAUCGUCAGGAAUGAGUCUUCAAAUCUGAUCGACUUGGAUGAUAUUGAAGAUAAGAUUGAAGAAAUAGAUGACUUGACAAGUGACGUUGAGGAUCGCGAAGAAGAGAUGAGCCGCGUUUCCCAGCAUGUCAUGGAGAUCCAAAAAUUAAACCCUGAUAGCAAGGCUAAGGAAUUGUCGAAUGUUCUCUUCAAUCGGCUACAGAAAGUCAAAAAUUUCUGUUCCACAUAUUCCAGUCAGCUUGAGCAGUUGCAGAGAAACAAUAUUCUCUAUAAUUCAUCACUUGAAGAAAUGCGGACUUGGCUCGACAAAUCAGAAGAUAAACUUAAAUCUUUCGAAACGAUGUCCAUCAGUGGGGGCAAACCGUCUGUGGCGUACCAAGCCAAGCUGCAGAGUCUCAAGGAAUUCGUAUCCGAGAAGAAGGAAGGACAAAAAUUGCUAAACGCUGUGGUAGAGCGUGGUGAGUCGCUCUUUUCUUCCAUCUCCCCUUCAGGAAGAGAAAAUAUUAGGGUGGAUUUGAGAAGCUUACGGGACACCUGGGAGUCACAUCUGGAACGUGUUAACCAACUCUAUAAGCACGUUGAGACGAUCAUCAUGCAGUGGUCUUCGUUCGACGACAACCUUAACCAGGCCAUGCGAUGGAUGGAUGAGAUGCAAGAGAAGGUAGAUGCACCUUUUACUUAUAAGAAGACCCUGUCAGAAAAGAAGAGUCAGUGUCAGCAGUACAAGUUACUCUUGCAAGAAAUCACAUCUCACGAGACCAUGGUUUUCGGACUCAAGGAUAAGAUGAUGUUUUUGUCAGACGAAGAUGUGUCUAAGGCCGUUGACACUCUAAUAGAGCGGUACCAGGAGGCGUUGUCUAACUGUGAAGAGCUUAUUGAAUCCAGUGAAAAAUAUGUCAAUAAUCACGAAAAGUUCCUGCAUGAUAUUGAAGCAUUCCGGGAUUGGUUAAAGCUGCAAAGCAGUGAACUCGCCACCUGUGCUGUGGUCAGCCCAGACCACCAAGACGUAGAGAACAAAAUGGCCGUUUUGGAAACUCUAGAGACUGCCCUGCCGGAUGGCCAAGCUUUGCUAGAGGAAUGUGAGGCUUCCCUCGAGAAAACCUUGGACAACACCGCACCAAAUGGCCACGAGGGCAUCAAAGAAGAGCUCGAUGCACACAAGAAGACUUGGCACUCGCAUCGAACUGAAAUAGAGGAGCGGCGCACCGCAAUUGGGGAGGUGAUGUCGCAAUUCUACGACUGUGAAGAAGCGGUGGAGGAGCUACGGGAGUGGCUAAAAACUGUCGAGACGAAAGUUAAAGAUCAGAGUCUGAAGAGUACAUUGGAAGCCAAGGAAGCCUAUAUCGAGAGUCUUAGGCAACUCGAAGACGAAAUAUCCAGUAAAAGCCGUGAAUUUAACGACGCUCUAUCGCAAGCCCAGGGUUUAGACGCGGACGGGAAGCAUGCCAAUAACAUCUCUCAGAUGAUGACGCGGUACCAGGCUGUGAAGAAUACCGUUAAGGAGGUACUUAAUAGGUACCAGCACUUUGUACGUGAGCACCGAAUGUUUCUGGACAAGUAUCAGGAGUCGGUGGAGUGGCUGGAUGCCGUGGAUCAAGACCUCCGCGAACAUGCGGCCGUGGUUGGGGACAUGCAGCUUCUGCAGAUGCGACGCAACAAAGUAGAGCAACUCGUCGAGUUGAAAAGUACCCAAGCCAAUAAACUGGAGUCAGUACUGGAGCUAGGUGAACGCCUCUACGUACACACGGCUCCUGAUGGACGAGAAUCCCUUCGUCAUAUGCUCAGGGAACUGAGGGAACAAUGGGAGAAUUGGUGUGAAGCCGUCACAUCUGCCGCCAUCACCCUGGACCAAUGCCUCCACCAGUUUUCGGACUUUUCGAACGCACAGGAGCAACUAACACGGUGGUUGAAAGGUAUUGAGGUGGCCAUGCAGCAGCAUACAGAACUCAAGAGCUCUCUGCAGGAGAAGAAGUCGCAGCUGCAAAACCACCGGCUGGUUCAUCAGGAGAUCGAGACGCACCAGAAUCUGGUGGAGACGGUGUGUGUUAAGGCUCAGACCCUUGUUGACCAAACACAAGACCGUGGCCUAAAUGUCUACAUCCAGUCCAUAAAGACCCUUUUCCAGAACAUCUUGGUGAAAAGUAAAGACUUGCUGGAUCGGCUGGAUGCGUGUGUCCAGGAUCACGCCUCCUUCAACGCUCUCUGCAGGAGCUUCAGUGAGUGGCUCAGCGCUCAGAAGGACCACCUGAACGUCGACGUCUCGGGCGAGAAGGCCGAACUUCUCAAGAAACUCGAUACGCUGAAGAAAAUUAAGCAGGACCUCAGAGGCGGCCAGCAGAGGGCUGCGACCCCGCGCAGCGGCGCCCAGGAUCUGGAGGACGUGAAGGGAACUGGAGCUGAAUUACUGGGACAGGCUGGAACACCUGGGACUGUUCUCACCGGAGAGGAGAAGAGAGAGGAGCUGCCUCCCCAGGACGAGGGACCCCGCCAGCUAGCGUCCCUGCGUCGCCUCGCCCAGCGCGUGGCGUCCAGCAGCUCGACGAGGGGCGCUGAGGCCCUCAGGACGACAGUGGCGUCCCUCGAGGACGCUUGGUCCGCCCACUGCACCGCCCUCCAGGAGGCUCAGGGGCGUCUCGAGGACGUCGUCGCCCAAUGGACGGCAGUGACGUCGUCUCUAGACCGCCAUGUCCUUUGGUGCCGAGAAAUGGAGACUUUAUUCAAGGACCCGACGCCCUGCUGCUCUCUGCUGGAGAAGCAGGCGAAGGUGGAUCUGAUGUGCGCAAAACGCGAGGAGGUCGUGGGGCGCGAAGGUGAAGUAGAAACCUGCGUGGACUCCGCCCUUGCACUGGCGCGCCUAACGAAGGUAGAACGUCUGCGCCCUUUGGUCGCCCAACUUUCCGCACGAUACCAGAACCUGCACGUCCUGAGCAAAGAGGCAGCUGGAAAGUGGUGUACCAUCUGUGCAGACCACAAAGCUUUCGAAGGGCGACUUGCAGAUCAGACCAACUGGGUCACAAAGGUCGAGCAGCGGUUGAAGGAGCUGCAGGGGAAGUCUUCGAGUGGGUCCACGGAAAGCGACUUUGAGGAACGCGAAGUUCUCCUGAAGGAGUUGGUUGGGGCUCGAGAGGAGGCAGGGGCUCGGUUAGGGUCCCUUACCACUCACGGGGAACGUCUAUUUCCUUGCACGGGCGCCCAAGGGCGUGACAAAAUCCGCCAGGAUAUCAAGGGCCUUAAGGAUCGCUGGGAGUGCACCGAGACGAAGAUCCUGGAGGAGCAGCGGGCGCAGGACCUCCGACUUCAGGAAUCCUCUGCUCUGCAGGACAGCGUUGCCUCCGCCCGCAGCUGGCUGGAGACCAUCGAAAAGCUGGUGCUGCAGGAACCCAGCACCAGCUGGGGCUCUCUGCAGGAGGUUCGAUCCCGGCUCAUCAAGCAGAAGUCGGUCUUUCAAGAGGUUCUCGCGCACCGCCGGGUGCUUGAUGGCUUGCGCGAGAAGCUCGCCCUGCUCCCAGAGAAGUCGCCGAGCAAAGGACCCCUUGACGAGGCCCUCAAGGACCUGGAGGAACGUCACGACAAUUUGACGAAAGCGACGAAGAGUGCCGUCAAGGAACUCGAGUGGCUAUCUGAGAACCUGACUAUGCAUCAGGAACUUCGCACCGGCCUGACGGAGUGGCAGAAGGAGAUGUGGGACAAGCUGCAUGUCCUGACAGACUACUCUGGCAACAAGAGCCAGCUGGAGCAGCGGCUGCAGCAGGUGCAGGAGUUGGAGCAAAGCAAGAGCGAUGGUCGUGCAAUCGUCGCCCACGUCUGUGCCCACGCGCAUCAACUGCUGGACCAUCUGCCACCCAGGGCGAGGGAGGCCAUGGAGCGCGACUUGCAGCACCUCAAACAUGAGCUGGCCCAGUACGCGAGCUCCCUGGGGGACGCCGCCCACGGUCUGGAGGAGCGCGUGCGGCUGUGGCGCGACUACGAGGCGACGUACGAACGCAUCCUGCGCUGGAUGGGGGAGGCCGAGGCAUCCCUUAGGGACUUCUGCAGCAGGAACUCCCUGCAGCAGAAGCAAGAGCAGCUCGAUAAAUACCAGGAGCUGCAGCUCGUGUUCGCCAGUCGCCACGCGUUGGUGGUGGAGUUCUGCUCCAUUGCUGACAAGCUGGAGCAAAACCUAAUCUGCUCGAUGAACCAACACCAAGGAGACCUGGAGCAGCUCACUAACGACUCGUGCGACCUGAUGGGGUCCGUGGUCGACUCAAGGAUAUCAGUAAACAUGCAGCAGGUUACCUCCAGAUUCAAGGCCAUGCAGCAAACUGCCAAGGAUCUGCUGAAGAAGUGCGAAUCUGGCGUGAAGGAUCACAAGGCAUACAACGAGAAAUAUAACCAGUGUGUGAGUUGGCUAACCUCUGCUCAGGACAAGCUAGCGCGCUGUAUCGAGCUACCUCCUGACAGGAAUGGGCUCGAUAAACGUCUCGAAAACUCGACGGAGCUUCUAAAAGAGAAACAAACGGCUCUGGCGCUGCUGAACACAACUGUGGAGCUGGGGGAGAAACUCUACGCCUCGACGGGGGAUGAAGGAACUGAGGUUAUUCGCGGGCAGUUAGAAGACCUGCAGCAGGCGUACGACGCGCUCUUUGACAGCGCUUCAACGCUGGAGAGGGACCUCAACAACAAGAUAGGCCGCUGGAGCUGCUAUGAAGAAGCCGCUGAGGAUCUGAAAAAGUGGAUCAAAGAGACUCAGAAGAAAAUACCGAAUUAUAUCGAACUCAAGACGACACUGGACGAAAAACGAGCACAACUUCAGACGUACAGAGUCCUGCUGCAUGACAUUAGUGCGAAGCAGCAAGCACUAAUAGACCUCCGAGACAAGUCAGAGAAUCUACCAGAGAAGUCUGACCGCGUGGAGUCGUUCCUAGCCUCUCUGGCGGGUCAGCACGAGGAUAUGCACGAGAAGAUCCAGUCUUACUUGGAGCGUUACGAGGCGAUUGUUAGUGACCACCAACAAUACAGCAAGUCGGUCCUGGAAACUCAGGAGUGGCUUGAGGCCACCCACAACACCGUCGAGAUGUGGGGCCAGAGCAAUAGUGAGCACAUCAGCUUGCGUGCCAACCUUGACAAGCUCAAGAACCUGCAGAAGAGUUUGCCUGACGAAGAGCCACGCAUCACACAGGUGAGAGGUCUUGGGGAGAAGGUGCUACCCGGCACCGUGGAGUCAGGACAGAGCAACAUCAGGGCUCAGAUCGACGCUACUCAACAGGACUGGCAGGCCCUCGUGUCAGCCGUCGCCUCUACCAUCGACGCCCUUGAGACCACUCUGGCGAACUGGACCAACUUCGAAGCUGUGAAGGACGUCAUGCAGGCAUGGUUAAGAAAUGUUGAUAACAAACUUCACGCCAUUAACUUGCGUGCAACUUUAGAAGAGAAGAAAGAAACCUUGAAUGAGCUGAAGGAAAUUCAGGGUGAAGUUCGUGCCAAAGAGCUCGAGAUUGACCAACUGAGUGAGAAAGCGCAGUCGCUCAACGGCGAUAAUUUGAAUGGUCGGAGCUUCCAGGUAAAGGAAUUGACUUUAGCUUAUCAGCAAUUAUCCAAUAGAGUUAAAGACAUGUGCAACAAGUGGCAGCAAUACGUUGGCCACCACGCAGACUAUGACUCGCGAGUGGCCGAGUGCCAGAAUUGGCUACACGACAUCAAGAAGAAACUUACGUAUUGCUCAGACAUGACCUCAACCACCGAGAAGGAGCUUGAAAAGAAACUCAAAACUAUCCAGGAGCUACUGAUGUGCAAGGAGGAGGGUUUCACUAAGGUUCAGUCUACCGUGGAACUCGCGCAGUUAGUUCUGGCAAACACGGCACCUCCCGGACACGAUGCCAUCAACUGUGUCGUGGAGAAGCUGCAGCAAGAAUGGACGGCCGUCGCUGCCAAGAUGGUAGAGACAAAGACUUACUUAGACGAUACCAUCAAUCGAUGGACGGGCUUCCUCACCAAUAUCAACCAGCUGAAGAGUUCCAUCGAGCACGUCGAGUCCGCGCUUUCUGACGUCAGCCAAUUCCAGUCAAACCUUUCCGAGAAGCGAGCGCAGCUCGAGCGUCUCAAGGGUCUGGAGGAGAAACUGCGAUGCGAGAAGUACGAAGUGGAGGGGCUGAAGGUGAAAGCCAGCGAGAUGCAAGCCACUGAGAAACAGGGGCAAGUAGCCGUCCAGGCUCAGAAUGUCCUUCGCCAGUUCGAAGUGUUGUCAGGACGCAUCACGACCCUGCGGGCUGAGCGCGAGACUCAAUAUCGUGACCACCGGCACUACAAGGACGCUCAUGACGACCUCCUUUCCUUCAUCAACAGGACUCGGGACAAGAUCCCAGCACUUCGCCAGCGCAAUUUGAGCGACAAGCUCUCGAUCGAGACAUCAGCUCACGCCAUGGAGACCCUGCUCUCUCGUCAGGCCCAGGGCCAGAUUCUUUUGGAUCAACUUUAUCACCGCGGGGAGGUCCUACUGCACUCGACCUCUUCCUCAGGCCAGGAGUCGUACAAAAAGGAGAUGCAGUCCCUCAAGGAGGGAUUUGAAGAGCUCUUCAAGGAUAUCGCCGAACAGAAAGAUGCCCUUCAGCAGACGGUCCUCAAGUGGCGGGAGUACAAGGAGGAGUACGAGCGACUGUCGGACUGGCUGCAGAAGACCGACGCCGAUAUGAAGGCUUACAAGACGAUGCUUUACACCACCAUCGGCGAGAAGACCGACCAGGUCAACAAGGUCAAGGAGGUGUUGCAGACACUAGAGGAGAACCAGUCACAGCUGACCCAUCUUCAGGAGUUGUCCGAGACUCUGACGAAAACUCACCUCGACACCUUCGUCAGGAAUCAGAUGAGCCACAUUACGUCGCGAUACCAACUUUUACUGACAUUGGCAAAGGACGUGGUGAAAAAGGUGGAGUCCACGUUUGACCAGCAUAAGCAAUUUGAGGUCGCAAUGGACACGGCUACCGAAUGGAUGGACAACGUCCAUACGGUGGUCCAGGAUUGCUCCAGCAUCCCAGGUGACGCUAGCAAAGAGACCUUGGAGCGACACCUGGAGAUGCUUCAAGCUCUUCUGGGGAAACAGGAGGAAGGCCAAAAUCUCGUUAGUGCUGCUGUCGGAUGGGGCGAGAAGGUUCUCAGAAACACCCGAGCCGAUGGUAGAAAUGAAAUCAACGAGAGGAUCGAGGCUCUUCAGGCGGACUGGGAUAAACUAGUCCGGAAAAUGUCGAGCACGAAGGUGAGCCUUGAGACGAACCUGCUCGAGUGGACGGACAUGAAUGCUUCAUACAGCAACAUGCAGCAAUGGAUCAGCGAGAGGGAGGCCCACUUACAUCAGUUAUCAUCUGAGAUGGCCUCAGUGGCAAGGAGAGGAUCAGGGCCGUCGCAGCGCGUGUCGUCGCUGAGUAUCGGGGAGCGUAAGGCGAAGCUGCGACGCACGACUUGCAUCGUGCAAGACAUCGUGGCCUUCGAGCCUGUCAUCGAGUCCGUUACUGCUAAGGCCACGGACAGCUCUGGGGGACAGGUCCAGAGCGGCGCGUGCGAGAUCUCCUCGGCGUACCACAACCUGACUAGGCAGGCAAAGGAGCUGCUGACGCUGCAGCAGCAGAUGCUGACGCAGCACCAGGACUUCGUAGAUGCCGGCAACGACUUUAUGCACUGGCUGCGGUCCGCAAAGGACAGGAUGGCCAAGUGUGCGGAGGCCACGGGCGACAAAGACACCAUCAGCGGAAAGGCCACCGUCCUCAAAAUGCUGCAGAAUGAGCAGGAGGACGGACAAGACAAGCUAGACAAAGCCUUCCACCUCGCUGAGAAAGCCUGUAGCCUGGCUGACGAGGAGGACAGGGAGGUCAUCGAAGAGGAGGUUGCCUUCCUGCAGGACGAGUUCGACAAGUUCCUGACGCAGGUAGGCAAGACUAAGAAUCUAUUGGAGAUGGGCAUCGUGAAGUGGACGGAGUACGAGGACAAGUUCAAGGAAUGCGAAGUGUGGGUAGCCGCCAUGGAAACCCGCGUCCAGGGCUACAACAAACUGCAAAACACCGCCGAGGAGAAGCGAAUCCUUCUGGAGGAGUUCCAGGCCCAUCUUCAGGCUAUCUUCGACUGGCAGAAAACACUUGAUCUACUCAACAUUCGUGCCCAGCUUCUGUUGGAAACGUGCGCUGAUUCCAGAGUCAGCAACGCUGUUACUCAGCUGACCACGAAGUACAACACGCUGUUGUCGCAUGCCAAGGAGGUCAUGAGGAGACUAGAGAUCCACUUUCAGGAGCACCAGCAGCACAAUCAGCUCUACGCUGAGUGCGCUGAUUGGAUCGAGACCACCAAAGCAAAGCUGGAAGAGUGUGACACCGGCACCAGCAACAUAAGCGAACUCCAGGACAACCUGGCGACUGUCAAGUCCAUCAAGAACUCUCUUGAGCAGGGCCAGCACAAGCUUAGGUAUGUUUUGGAACUCAAGGAACGCGUGAUACUGAAUACCGAGCAGGAGGGGGCGAGAAAAAUCCUGCAGAACACAGAAAAUAUGCGACAGCAGUUCGAACAGCUGAUAUCUGACAUCUACGGUCAGCAGCAGGAGAUUAGCGCCCUACUCUCCAAAUCUGCGGAGACUGAAAAGAUGUGCCAGGAUGUUAUGGAGUGGAUGGAGGAGAUCGAAGUGAAGGCGUUAGAACAAGGGGUCCUCUUUAGUGACCUCAGCGAAAAGAGGGGUGCACUCGAGAAGUACCGUAUCAUCAUCCGAGACAUCGCAGUGCACCGCGACAUGAUCGACAGGCUCGCCUCGAAGAAGCUGGAGGAUGACGCCUCACAGUGCGCGGUCGACACGUGCAUCAGCAGGUACGAGAGCCUCAAGUCGCAGGUGGCCAAGAAUAUCAAGAUCCUUGAGGGGUACGUGCGGCAUCACGAGGCUUACUAUCAGGCUUACAUGGACGCCACGGAGUGGCUGCGAAAGAUGAGUCUUGACCUGCAACAGACGAGUGAUUGCCACGGUGAAAAGGAACAGGUCCUUGACCAUCAGGCCAAGCAGCUGCAGCUUCAGGAGAAGCUUCUUGCUGGUGAACCCAUUAUCACCAAGGCGGUGUCUCUCAACAAGAACCUGAUGGAUACGACCUCCGAGGAUGGCAAAGACAACCUCAGGACUGAAGCCGAGAACCUCAAACAGGAGUGGCUGGGGCUGCAGAACAGCAAUAACGACAACUUGAGGACUUUCGGCAAGUGUCUGCAGGCUUGGCAGGAUUUCCAGACAUCCUACGACGAACUCCACUCCUGGCUGCAGGACUUCCAGCAGAAAAUUGAGACUGAGCCAAAGGAGCCCACUCCCGAAGACCUCGAACAGUGGAAGGUGAGCUCUCAGGGUCUACUUGAGGAGGCGACGCAGAAGAAGGCGCUAAUGGAGUCGCUAUGCGAGCGCUGUGAGACCCUCAUGGUCUACUGCGCCUACCGCCCUGUGCGGGAUCAGACUCUUGGCCUGCAGACCCGACAUUGCAGCGUCCUUGCUCAGCUUCAGAGCCUGAUUGCGGUUGCUCACAAGACGCUCAGCGACCACACCGAGUUCGUGGAGGCGCAAGAGGAGUUCGACGCGUGGCUGUCGCGUCGUCACGGCACCGUCGCGUCUUGCCAGCAGCACAACGGCACCGAGACUGAGCUGCGGGAGAAGCUAGAGACGCUGCAGGGAGUGGCGACGAGGGCUUCUGAGGGACUCCAUCUGCUGGCGGUGGUGGGUGACGCCUACUCCAGAGCGGCGUCCCAGGCUCCCCCAGAGCUGCAGGAGAAGCUCAGGGCUGAGUAUACGAGACUCAGGGACAGUUACGACCGUCUUAAGAUCUCCGUCAGCUCCGCCAUCACCAAGCUUAAGCACGAUCUCAGUCGUUGGUCGGAGUUCGCGGAGUCUAAGUCACGACUCGAGUCUUGUCUCGGGGAGCUGGAGGACGCACUCUUCGAGACCCCCGACUCCAAGGGCGAGGUGUCAGAGAUGCGGACCCUCCUCGAACGGUACCGUCACACGCAGCAGCAGAUCAAGAGCAAGGACCGGGAACUCAAGCGCCUCCUGAAGGAUACUAAGGAGUUCAGUGAGAACUCUAACGACACCUCCUACGAGGAAGAAAUGACAGCCCUCGAACAGAAGUGGUUUAACCUCAACGACAGAUGUGUUGAAGUCAUCGAAGGCCUUGAGACUGAGAUCAAAGAAGCUGUCGAGUACCAAGCAGCUCUGCAGGAGGUUGAGAAAUGGCUUCUGCAAGUCAGUUUCCAGCUCAUGUCUGAGAAUUCAAUGUCCAUCAGAUCUCGGGAACACACCGAGGAGCUAAUCCAUCAGCACGAUAAGGAGUUGGAAAACAUCCGCGAGUUCCAGCAGGUGUUGGACCGCGUUAAAAAUAAGGCACACAAGCAGAUCAACAAAUACAUCGGGUCUGUAGAGACCAUCCAAGAGACGUAUGAGCACCAGAUCCACAACCUGCAGGAGAGUUACGACUCGCUGCUCAGAACUGCUCUUCAGAUACAGAAGAGACUCGCCGAGUCGCUGGCCAAAUUCGAGGAGUACGAAGCCACGCUCGACAACAUCACGGCCAACCUCGACGAGUGGGAGCCCAUCAUCGUCGAGGAGACCAAUACUCCUGUGCAGACCAUAGAGGACGCAAAAUAUCAGCUCGAAAUGGCCAGGUCGUGGCAGGUCAAGCUGGUGAAGGAGAGGUCGACGCUGGCGGCGGCGGUGCAGGCGUGCGAGGCGACGGUGUCGCGGUCAGGGUCGCCGUCCACGGUCCUGGGAGAUUCUGGAAGGGAGCUCCUGCAGGGAGAGCCUGGCAGGGAGCUGCUGGUGCGCGCCAAGCUCCAGGAUCUCACUGAGCAGAUCCAGGUGCGGAUCACGUCAAUCAGCAGCACGGUUACGGAGCUGGAGGAUUUAUCCAAGCAGAACGAGGACAUUAAGAAGUGGAUAGAGGACAACCAACAUCUAAUCCAUGAGCUGCGGCUGAAGCCGGUAAAGCUUCGACAUGAGGCUCAAGCCAACGAGAUGGCCCAGCUCAACGACCUGAGAAGCAAGAUCAUCGAGAAGCAGAAUAUCCUUGACGACCUCGAAGUGAAACAGAUGACCCUGACUCCCGACACUGACGAUGAUGACGUGAGGUGUCAGAUGAACUCACUGGAAGAGGAGGUGAACGACAUCAUCGACACCCGCAGUGAAAUCAUCGGCUGUAUCGAGGAGUACCGCACCAAGUUGCGAGGAGUGUAUAGCUGGUUCGACACCAUCAUCAAGCUGCUGGAAAAGUGCGAUAAGGUUGACUACCCCGACUCCAAACGCCGCAACGACGAAGUCCAGAAACUCUGGAGCAAGUUCAGGGAGGCCAACGUGAAGGUGGAGGAGCUCACGGAGAAGGCUAACGAAAUCAAGCCGAAGUUGUCGAGCCUUGACAACCAGCAGGUUGACGAGCAGCUGAGGUCAGUGCAGAAGAAAUACAGCGACUUGAAGAAGCGUGUGGGCAAGAAAAAACAGGUUAUCGAGAUGACACGCAAAGGCUACGAAGAAGCCAAGCAGAAUGUGAACGAUCUCGCCGAGUGGUUCGUCGAGAAGACCGAAUACUUCGAUGGCUUACCCAUGCUGGGCCACUCCAGCAAGAAUGUUGAACUACGCAUAAACGACAUCAACGAUUUGCAAAAAGAAAUAGCAAACAAGAAUGCAGUAAUUUCCCAAAUCGAAAAAACCCUCGAGAACAUCAAAGGGGAUGUGGAGGGGUCCGAGGUGCGGGAGCUCGAGGAUCGAAUCAAAGAAAUUCAGAGCAAACAAGAGGAACUCAACGCCCGCACUGACGAGGUCAAGAGUAGCUUGGUCUCGGCCUAUGAUGAACGCCAGACUUUUGAAGAUAAUCUACAGCAAAUCAACUUAUGGAUGAAGGGCAAGGAAUCCGAAGUAGCCUGUCCGAGUCUACUGCCUCUUCGGGCUGAGGCGGCAGAAAAGGUGUGCGAGCGCUACAAGAAACUCAACUCCGACGUACAGCUGUUCUAUGAAACCAACUUUGCGUCUACCAAACGAUACGCGGAAUCUUUACUCAAGGAGUGUGACGAAGAAGAUGCGUAUGAACUUAAUGAAAUAAUUACAGAAUUUUCCGACAAAUUUAGUGACUUGAAGCAGACACUGUCCGACACUCUAAGCUGCAUCUUGAACCUGGUCGAAGUACGCAAGGACUUUGAAAAGAAGAUAGAUGCAUGCAACAAGUGGAACAUCGAGGCAGAAGGCGCCUUACAGGUGGACACAAGGAGCCUGAAUACUGCCGAAGUACUCGAAGAACAUCUCAAGAAGCUCGAGAAACUUGAUGAUGAACAAGGGGAAGCAAGCGCGAGAGUAAACAGUGUCGGUAAUAUGUGCACCGAUUUGAUGGACUACCUCACCGACGCCGACAAAUUCUCCCUGGGCGAGAUCGUAAGCAAACUUCAGGACCGGAGCGAACAGAUCAGCAACAACUUGCCGGCAAAGAUUGAACAAAUACGAGAAGCUAUUUGCACCCAGAAAAAGAUGACGGAACGUAUGGUGGAAAGCACGCAGACUCUAGCUAACAUCCAGAAGGAGGCACGAGGUUUGAGUCGACCUGUCGGCCGUACGGUCAUGGACGGGCAAAAUUUGCUGCUCGCUUACCAAGCCGUCAUGCGGAAAGUAUCCGAGUUCAGGAGAAGUUUGGAGCAGAUGAGGAAGUGUCCUGAUAUCACCAUGGAGGAGAUGAGGGAGCUUAUCAGGCAGCAGCAAGAGCUCAUGUCGAUUUUGGAGAAGCAGAUAACGAGGAUCAGGCAGCUGAUUCUAGUGCGUCAACAGUACGCUUCGCUUGUGUCUGAUAUAAGCACUUUUAUCAGCCGGUACACGAUCAUCCUUGGCGACAUUGAAACAAGCGAAAUGACUGUGGCCGACAAGCUCAAGAAACUGCGUGCCGUCAUCAUUAAGAUCCAGGAGUGUGAAGGGCAGCUCACCUCAGCCCAAGACAAGGGUGCUAUCAUCGGAGAAGAGGGGCAUGUCGAGGACCGGAACGCCAUCAUGGAGGAACUACAGAUUUUGAAAUCUGGAGUCUCAAACUUGCGCCGCGAAGUUGAGAACAAACAACAGGAGCAUGAGACCACCGCCGAGAGCCACAAGAAACUGCAGGUGGAGCUUAACACCGCCAUGGAGUGGCUUUUCGAACAAGAGUCAGAGCUUAAGUCCAGACCUCUCCUCACCCUUGAGGUUGAGAGUGCCGAGGACGAGAUCGAGACUCACAACAACCUCAGCUCGGACAUCGAAGGCCAGCUGGAGAAAGUCAAAGAGGUGUUAACUGCGGCCAAGAAGGAGUCUGGCUUGCCGCAUAUUCUUCAGGAGAGGAUUGCAGAAGCCAACAUGGUGUUGUCAACGUACCCUCUAGAGCUGAAAAGCAGGCUCAAGUACCUCACUGAUGCCAAGAUGCUCAGGAUCGACUAUGAGGACUUCAGCACUAGAAUAGCCGAGUGGGUGUCCAACGCCAAGUCUCGCCUCCAGACUCACGACGGUGUAGACUUUGAGAACCUGAGCUCUGAGCUUGAAGAUCAUAACUCCUUCUUCUCCAGCGAAAAGCUUAUCGGAGAGUCCCUGCAACAGCUUGGGCAGACGGCCGAAAGGAUCGUGCCUUCGUUAGGAUCAGAUGAGCAAGAAGAGCUUACGGUGGAGCUACAGGAUCUCACUAAGGAUCUGGACGAGGUGACGACAGCUGCCAAGAAAUGCAGGCUGACGAUGGAGAAGAACCUGGCGGAAUUCUACGAGUAUAAAGCCGCGUUGGAUAAGUGCAAGGCUCUGGUCCAUAGUGCCUCCAGCAACUUGUCCAUGGAGGACACCGCCACGUCCAUCACAUCUCUACGGUCAGCCUUGCAGCGUGUAGACGAGGAACGUCAGCGGCUGUACGACCAGGGAUCGGUAAUUAACGACUUCACUGACAAGGCGAACGCUGUCAUUGCCAAAGCCAACGAGGCUUGUCAAACAGCCGUAGGUCUAGAGCUUGUCGACGUCUCGAGGAGCUGGAAGGUUGCCCUCGACAAGAUCGAGUCGAGGCGAGAAAAGCUGAGGCUUGUGAUCGAGCAGUGGCAGCGUUUCGAGCUCUCGGUUCGCUCGCUCGAUGCUGGCCUCACGGCCCUCGAACAAAGGGUCAAGGAGCUCGAGGGGGACUCGACCCCCGGCAGGUCCAAGGAGGAGCUGGACGAGCUGCUCGAGGAGCUGGAGGAGGAGGUGGAGGACCUGGAGGAGGAGGUGGAGGGGGUGGGCGAGGCGGCGGUACCCGUGGUUGAGUACCUGCGCCCCGCCACCGCCGCCGCCGCCGCCGUCAAGAAAACCAAGGAGACGCUGGCCCGCCGCCGCCUGCUGCUGGUGGAGAGCCUGCAGAGUCUCGCUGAACGCAUCAGUGGAGAUCGCACGUACCUGCAGCAGGCGCAGCAGCAUCUGCCGCAGCUGCAGCAGCGUCUGCAGGCCUGCGAGCAGCAGCUGCACGCAGCUGAUCCUUACACCUGCACUGCAGAUGCUGCAGACACCGCCCGACAGGCCGCCUGCGUGACGCAGCUCUGUGAAGACGUCACGCAUUUCGUGGGCAACACGCGCGACCACUACACGCACCAGCAGCGACCUCUGCCCUCUGACCUCGCCGACCAGUUGUCUUCCCUGGAGCUGGAGUCGGAGCGCGUAGCGGCAAAAAUGGAGGACGCGGAGCAAGAGGCUCGUCGCGCCCAAGCCCUUCGUCAGGAGUUCUCCAGGGACGUGGAGGCGGUGCAGACGUGGGUGCAGACCGCGGAGCUCAAGAUGCAGACAAAGGACGCCUCGCCCAGCGACCUCAAGGAACUCCUACAGGAGAUCCAGUGCGAGGUGGGCGCCAUCAUGGACCAAAUGGAGAGGAUCAAACGCCAUGGAGCCUUGAUAACUGAGCGCUCCAGCAGCGAGGAGCAGCGACAGAUGGUGCAAUCCACAACGCUCCAGCUGAGUGACCAGCUUACCCAGGUGGCCACGUGGCUGGAAGAGAAGAAGGCCCAGGUGGGGGAGUCUCUGGACAGCUGGCAGGCCUUCAUCCAGCUCUACAACUCCGUCAGGAGCUGGACGCAGAAGCAGAAGGAUUUCUUGGCAGAGCCUCUCAAGUUCGCCACGCUCACCGAGUCCCGGGCCAAGCUGCACGAGUACAUGGCAGCUGUGAAAGACUGCAGGUGGGCUAGCAAGCAGUUGGCUGACAUGUCGGCCGAGUUGCAGAAGGUAAGCGAGGCCUCAAACCUGCACCCGCUGAGCGAAAAGCAGGCUGAGAUUGAGCAGGAAAAAGCAGAAGUUGAGCGUCGCCUUCAGGAGGUCGUUGCCCUCCUGCAGGAGUUGGCAGAGGAGUGGGAGCAAUGCGAGCGCAAAGGGAAGGAGGUCUCCACAUGGAUAGAACGCACCCAUCAGGCACUUCGCAGCCCCCAGAACAAGAAGAGACCGCUGAGGGACCAGUUAACGGCCCGGGAGAAGGUUCUGGCGGACAUAACCAUCCAGAAGACGAAGCUUGUGAUGGCCGUCGAGAAGCUGCAGGUCCACUUCAGGGACGGGGUCGUGGCCCAGGAGGCCAGGGUGGCCCAGGAGAACUCCCUCCUGCAGAGGAGGCUUACAGAACUCAUGGUGGAGGUCAAGGAAGAGUGCAAGAACCUGGAGGCCUGUGUGCAGCAGAUGGACGCUUACCAGCAGGAGAUCCAGCAGUGCCGGGGGACGAUGCUGGCCGUGGAGCGCCAGCUGCGCCUCGUGUCCAGCCCCACCUACAGCCCCAGGGACCGCGACAAGGCGGCCGCCGAACAGAGCAUCCAGCAAGCUAAGUACGUCUCCGACCAGAAACGUGUCGAGCAACUUUGCAAACGAAUCUACGCAAUCGAUCCCCUCGAGCCCAUUACUCCUAAGACUUCCACCCUCGCCUCAACGACGAGCGACUACGGUGCUUCUACAUCCACCAUCACAACGCAACAUUACUACACGUCAUCACCAACACAAUACACGACUCCACUCACCACUGACACUAAUAUAAACCCCUCUUGUGGCAUCCCCACAAACUCCAGUGACCUGAUCAACCCCGCUGAAAAUUACGGGGUGGUGCCGGGUGACGGAAAUGACCCCACUUGCGAAGAAGUAGCAAUGUUCCUGCCCCACGAGCCCUACACAUUUUCCUCCCCGUUCCCCAUGACCUGGGCGGAUGUGGCCGCAGGCAGACGAAGUCCUGCAGUCUUCACACCACGAAGUCUGCAGGGUAGCGUCUGCUGCGAUGACACAGACCUACAGACCAAGUUCCUUUCUGAGUCCCUGCCUUCUUCUCUGAGCGCUUCGGUGCUUGUCGGCGACAGCACUUGCGAAACAAGUAGCGAGCCUGACAACUCCGCGUUGCGGACACUCGCGCUACCGUCUGACCAAAAUGCUGACGCCGCUUCGCCGGCGGCAAAAUCCACAAAUAACAGAGGCCGCGGCGCUCAGAGGAGUGGCAGAGGCGCCCUAAGGACCAGGUCAGCCCAAAGCAGAGGCUCUUGGUACCCUCAAUCGCGUAGGGCUUUCUACAAGGACCAGUACGAAAUGUACUACGUUCCUUACUCCUAUGAACCGAGUCAGCAGCAUCGGCCAAGGCGGUACGAUUACAGAUAUCAGUAUCAGACUGAGAAAUACCAACCUUAUCUAGUGCCUUAUCCUAGUAAAGAAUUUCGACAAAAUCGCCGGCAGAACACGCAACAGAAACAGCGGAAAUUACCAGAAGAAAGUUCACCGAUUGUGACUGGGAAAGAAAAUGAGAAAGAAGUUACCACUUCGAGGCCGAAAAGAGAUCAGCCUCAAACUCGGCCAUUGCGUCAAAGAGAACAUAAAGUUCAACCCUCGAAGCCUCAGAUUUCGUCUGUAACUAGAGCUGAAAAGUUAAUCAAUGAACCGCAUUCUCAAACUGCAAUUACAACGCUUGCUUAUGAUCAAGCUACGCCUCCAAAUGCCCCAGCAUGUGGAGAAAAUACCGUAACUCUAGCAAAGGAAAACGCUGCCCCUGUAAACCGCAGUGUUGCCAAUCCUCCUGUAAAGAAAGCAAAAGGUGAACCUGUUCACAAACAACGUACACAACCGCACACUUCCACAUCACAACAAUCCCGAAAUUCUCACUCUUUGCCUCCGCGAGGUAAUCCAAAAUCGCGCGAAUCCUCGCGUGGGAAAGGCAAACCACAAAAGUACCAUUCAAAUGAGACACGGAACUUUGAGAGUAAAUCAAAGAUUUCCAGUGGACCUCAAUCAAGGCCUUUAGAUCCUUCUAAGUCAGAUGGCCGCACGCCUUCAGUAAAAGAUGCUGAACGCCUCGGCGCUAACGUAGUCGCAACUCUGUCCGAAGUCAACACUCGAACGAUCGUUCGCUCGAACGAACCCUGUCCUCCACAGGACAUCAAGCAAGCCACUUCAAAAAAACCCGAGCACUCGUCAACGAGUAUGUCGAGCGAAACUUUAACCCCUGCAACCAAGUCAAGUCCUCCAACAGAGACGAGCAGCAACGAAGAAAACUCUAAGUCCGUGUCUUCUACUCUAGUUUUUGACGGUAGAACAACCUACGCCGAGAUACUGAAAGGGCAGCAAAUGCUGCUUGAAGACUGUGCUGAAGGGAAGGAUGAAAUGUUGAUCUCGACGAUGCAAGUCGAUCAAACCAUUGACACGUCCCAGGCUCUGCUGGCUUCAGUCCCCCCUUUGCAAGAAUCUGAGUCUAUGCAACCUAGAUCAAAUCUUGAUACCGAAUAUUAUUCUCAAUCGAAUAAAGAAGAUGAUUUACCGCCCUCAUCAUCCACUGAUGUUUUUAUGAGUGAAUUAAGCGAGUACACUCAAGCUCAAAUUAGCCCGUAUAUUGCAGACGCUGCCGUUCUGCCUCAAGCGCAGUACGUCGCCAACGCUCCUAGCGACAUGAUGUCCCAAGAGUCCGCUGCUGUGCAUGGUCUUUCAAGCUUCGUGGAGGUGACUAGUUACGUUCCAAGUGAUGUGGUGCUCAUUACCACCACUCAAGAACAUGUCUACCACCCUUUAGAUGUUAACUCGUCUCAAAUGUCGAGUCUGAUGGCCACAUCGUCAGCGAGUUCCUACAUAGACUCGUCGGAGGCGUCGCCGGAGUGUCGGCCUUCCUCCAUAUUUGUGCAGAACAGCAGCUUGGUUCGCGGAAACGCUGGAAUUAAUGACAAUAUAACGCGUAUAAAAGAAGAGGAAAGAAGUGUGAAUGUUGGCGGCGGCGUGAAACCCGCAGCUGUUGCCACAAACGAGACGCAUUCGUGGCGUGACGUCGAACUUACUUAUGAAGAGCCCGAGUGCGCGUACAAGCCCAAGUAUGAGCCUAAUUCUCAACUGCACUUGAAAGAAACCUUCACUAAAGAAAAGAAAUUACUCAAGGAAGAAAGUUCUAGACAACAACAUGUUCUUCUUAAUCGUCUUGCUGAAGUGGAGUCUAUUCCACAGAGCGUCAAGGAGCAACUAUCCUGCCUCGACUUAUCCAAGUAUACAUACGCUCAAAUUCUUGCCAUGAAUUUGGAGCUCAAAAAGGCCGAGUGUGCCAAGUCUGAAGCUUCUGAAGCUGCCGAUACAAAAGCCUCGAGUGAAGAACAUAAGCAACGCUCGAAGACCAACGAGUGCAAAGACGCCCCCGUCAUCACCGUUGUUCCUGUAGAAGAGGUGACACGAGGAGAGAUUGAAGUCCCCAAGCCCAAAGCUAGUCAGUCCACAUCAACGGGCUAUGUCCCUCCUGGUAAAUAUAUCCCAGGACUAAUUUUCAAGGAGGGGACAACAGAACGAUCUCGGUCGCGAAGCAAUAGAAGAAAGUCUCCUCAUCGAGCAUCCAAAACGGUCGACCAAACUUUAGCUAACGAAGAAACUCAAGGUGCGAGCGCCUUGACUUUGCCUCGAGAAUCGGAAAAACCCCAAUCCAGAAGCCGAGAUUCCUCAGGCACCAAGAAACGAAGCCGAGAAUCCUCAACCAGUAAAAAGCGAAGCCAAGAUUCCAAGUUAACCAAACUAGAACCCACGAAAGGUAAAGUAUCGCCCUCGGGUGAACAGCGAUUCGACACAAAGGAGCUUCGUCCCCCUGAAGAAGCCAGGACCAGCCAGCAAACUGAUGCAAUGGAGAAUAAAUCUGUAACUAAGAUCUUAUUAGAUGAUGAGAGCUUAGUUUCAGCUCGGAAAACCGGAAAAGUAGGCACGGAGAAUUCAUUGCAAAACGAAGUUGAGUCUACUGAAAUUCAAACCAAAAUUGUGCCAUCAGAACCCAGUCCCUAUGUGGAGAAAGAGGAAGAAGUACGCUCGGUAAAAGAAAGUGAAAGCAAUCAACAAGCUGACUCCCUGUGCAAGAAUGGAAAAAGUAAGAAGAAGAAAAAGAAACAGAAGCUAAACCCUGAAGAAGAUGAUCUAGAAAAGGCGUUGAGAGAAAUAGCGAAGAUGGAAGAAUCAGGAAAACUUGAGAAGGUUCCACAGGCUUCCUCAAUAGAGAAUAUUGAGAGUUCAACUAGACAAACAAAGCAGAAAAAACGAUCAAUUCCAACUGGUUCAAGCCGGUUGAAAGAAACAGAAAGGAAAGGCGAUGAGCCCCGAGCUGCAGAGUCAAAGUCGCCCAUGACAAAAAAAUCGUCGAAGGGAAAAUUUUCUACAAAGAAAAACACCUCCAAAGAUUCUACAAGCAAAGAUUCUUCAGAGUCUUCAUUCGAUCAGAGUUCAAGUGCCGACGCUGCAGGGAGCAGCGUAACUUUCAAGCCCGAAGUCGGUGCCAAGCCUGAGGCUGAAGUCAGUGCCAAGCCUGAGGCUGAAGUCAGUGCCAUCCCUGAGCCUGAAGUCAGUGACAAACCUUACCCUACCGAAUUGGCUUCGCAGAAGUCUGAGGGAACCGGAGUUCGUAAGAAGAAGGCCAAAAUUCAAAAAGAACCUUUGGCCAAAAAGGCUGCGCGAGAGCUUGAUGCUCCACUUUCUGGAAGUUUAAUCUCGAAAAAAUCCUCGGAAGUUGUGCCAAAACAACAGAAAUUUCUUUCCCGGGUUGACCAGGCAACUUCCAACGCUAUUGAUGUACAUGAGACGUCAGGUGAUGAUAGGAACAAAAAAGCUACAAAGCCUACGAAAGUACAAGCUACCGAGACGAAAGAAAGUGUUCCUACAAAUAUUAAGGCCACCGAAAAUGAUUUGAGGAAUAGGGAUUCGAAGGUGACUGAGGCAAAUGAUCAGAAAGAAAGUGACACCGCUAAAAUUGAUAUUCCACAAGUUACUGAGGUCACAGGAGGUGUGAUCAGUGGUAAAGCCCUUGAGGUAACUGAAGUCAGGACCCCUGAGGUCAGAGAAAAUGCAUCGAAAGUUAUUGUAGGCACUGAGAGUGAUGUCAGAGGAAAUGAUUUACUAGAAACCGAGGUCCUAGAAAGUGAGAUCAGAAGUAAAGAUUUAAUUUUUGCGGAGACCACAGAAAAUGAGGUCAGCCUUAAAGAUUUUAGGGCUACUGAGGCCACAAAAAGUGAGGUCAGUGUAAGAGAUUCGAAGGUUACUGAGGUCACAGUAGGUGAUGCCGAGCUAGAGGCACUAGUCGCCGCUGCCGGGCGCGAUGCCAAGUGCGUAGCUGACGCCCGUGUAUGCGAUGGCUCGCUUGCAACAGCAAGCAAUGAGCAAGCGCCGCAAGAGAGGAAGCAAUUCAACCUGCCCAUCCCGGACCAUGCCAGUGAUUGGCUAGACGUAAUCGAGAGUGGUGGCUUCUCACUUGAUAGUUCUGAUGAAGAAAUUGAAGAUAAAAUGGCUUCUAUCAGCGUUGCCCCAACUGCAAAAAUCAGUGCCGUUUGUGCUGACGCGAUGGCCUCAAUCAGUGCUGACAAGACGGUAUCAAUCACUGCUGACACAAAAGUCUCAACCAGUGAUGACAUUAAGCCAAAUCCGAGUGCACCCUUAGAAAAUACUGCUAGAAGUUGGGUUGAAGUGAUUGAGGAGGUCAUGCCAGUUGAUAAUUAUUGCGUUGAUGAAGACAGGAAAGAGAUUCCCGAUUUGCCUGAAGGUGAAGUUGUCAAUCAAGGCCCUGAAGGCACUCGCACUCAAGUCAAAGUAACGAGUUCUGGCAAAUCUAGUGGAAUCAUUCGGAAGAUAGUGAAGAAAAUCGAAUAUGUAGAUAGUACUCCCGUCGAGACUGAAGAAGAAUUACGUUCUGAGGAGAAAUUCAGCGAACCUCGUAUUUCCGAAAGUAAAGAUGAUACGACCUCUUCAGUAAGAAAAAGACGAACAGUUAAGAAGCUUAUCUUUAUCGAUGGACAUCCUAGUAAGUCAGAUGAGGAACCUGAUGAUGCCACGGUCAAUACGAGUAUCAGUAAGUCUCCCAAAAUAGACCGACAGACCAGCCGAACUGCGCAGUCAUCCCGAAUGUUGAGCAGCGCAACAAUUGUCAGUACGAAGAAAAUUUCAAACCCAACGGAAGAGGAUGAUGGCAUUUUGGUUUCAGCUCAUGUUCAGUACGACGAAGAAAAUCUGCCGGAUGAAGACCAAACUCAUGCACUUGACUCAUCGAGACGGACGGUUAUAAAAAAAAUAGCUUUCGUUGAAGGACAGCCUGUGGAAACUGAAGAGGUUGUAGAGACCCAAGAUGAUGACGUAGGCCUUGAUGACCUGAGCCCUGUCGCGAUCGUUGAUUUUGGGGAUACUUAUACGACCAGUGCGGCAAAACGGAAAAAUGAUGCACUCAAAAUCAAGAAAAGACUGUCAUUCUCUGCUGACGUUGACGUCAUCUCCUCUGAUGGCGUCGAGAAAUCAACACUAUCAGGUGAUGAUGAUGACGGCGAAGUUGUUGAGACCGUUUCUACUGAAGAGGGAGCAACAACUUCAACUAUCAUCACUACUAGAACAACGACGCGAACAAUCCGUGUAAUCAAGAAAAUAAUAACAACAAUAGUGUACAUAAAUGGAGAACCUGUGCAGACGCAGAAGGAAAUAGAAGUGCCGAUAGACGAAUAUGGCAAUGAAAUAGAAGACGUCGAUGAUUUUGAGCUCUCGAUGGAAGCGCAAUCUGCAGAUCCCAAGAUAGAUGUAGAUACAGGUGUCUCCGUUCAACAAUCCCUAGUCACCCCACCAGCUUGUCAACAACACGGCAAACCCGGAAAAUCUGAUAACCCGAAAAGGAAAGUUUCAUUCAAGCUCGAUGAAGUUCCAAAGAUAUCAGGUUUCAAUUUAAAAAUUCCUGACCACGCAGAUGAUUGGAUGGAGUUAAUGGAAGGCGGUGGCUUUUCUCUCGAUGAUGAAGAGGAAGAUGUUCAAUCACCUGAAAAAGCCCCAGAGGCAUGCGAUGCAUCUACUCAGAAAGUUUCAAUUCUGGGGCCAGAAAGCAAAUCUGAGAUCCUCGAUACCAAGCAGGAAGUAGAUGAACAUGAACUGCUGCUUACUCAUGUAAAAUCUACUCCUGAGCGGCCUUGCAGUGAGGCUGCAAAGCUGGAAGAGAAACUAAAUGUGCCCGAGAAAUUCAAUCUGAAAAUUCCUAGUCACGCCGACGAUUGGCUGGACAUCAUGGAAAGCGGCGGUUUCUCAAUGGAUGACGAAGACGAACCCGAGACGUCAGGUGAAAUUCUUUCUGUAAUUCCCGAGACUCGCUCAUCUGAAGGUUUGACCUCGUCUGAUGCUUCCUUGAUCCCGCCAUCUGUCGUGAAGGCUGCAGAGCCAGCUGUAUCUGAACAGACGCCUGUGGAGCAAACGUCUUCGCCUGAUAAUCGAUUGGACGUUUCUAGAGUGGAUGCUGUGCACAAGAUAACCCAGGUUUCAGAUGAGAAUGAGUUGCAAAAAUCGUUAUCUGGUGUUGCAGACUUCAGCAGCGCCAUCGAGAAUGGCGGUAUUAACUUGGAGAGUGAAGACCAAACUGAGCCUGCUGUGUUCCUUUCGGGUGCUCUCGAACAAAUUGAACUUCCAUCAAAGGAGAAGGAUGUCGAUAAUAAGUCCAGUAAUAACGAGAGCUCGAAUUCAAUUGAUUUCGUGAGUGUUAUUGAAGGUGGAGGGUUUACACUUGACAGUGAGGACGAGCGUGAUGACGACAUACUAACUGAGAAGAAGCCCGAAGCCGCCGCUGUGGAUAUAAUUGAAAUUUCUCGGCCUGCCACAUCGGUCACUGCAGAAGCCGCCGUGACAGAUGGGAUCCAACCUCAAUCUAGUUCCAAGGACAUUAAGGCCGACACAAAUCCUGCAGCUGCGUCUGGGUUGAAGAGUCAAGUCGAGUCUGAAAUUCAUGAUUUGCUAGAUGUUUCGAUGAUAACUAAACCAUCAGAGUCCGUUUCUCUCAAGAAUGAAGGUUCAACGAUUAUCAUCGAAACUGAAGGUAAACUGACUUUCGAAACUGGGACUAAUCUUCCUGCAGUAAACCUUGAUCUCAAAGGCAAAGAUAUCGAUUUUGUGACUGAAACUAUCAACAAAGGAGAACUUAAUGUGCACCGUAAGAUAAGUAAAACGCAUCCUACGAACAAAGAGGAAAUAAUUGACAAACCCUUGUCAACAACUUGUCAGACAUUGGACAUAUCCCUAGUGCCCCAAUGGCUUCGCCCUAAGACGACUGCACCCACAGCGUCGUCUGCACCGGUUGACCCUGUAACCAUGAAGAUUGUCGCCUCCUUUGAAGAGAGAAAAAAACACUUCUCGCUUAGCAGUCCAAUGGGUGGCAAUCAUAAGGAAGCAUUGAAUGUCAAAAAUAAACCAGAUGAACCCAGUGACUCGACGGCUACAAGUCAAGCUAAGUUACCCUCGGAAGCAGCCUCUGCCGAUACCAGUCCUGCUAUCGGUCUUUAUCCAAAAAUAAAUGAAGCGUCUUCUGAGAAACUGAUACAUGAGUUUCCUGACAUUGCUGUUGACACAAUAAACGAGCAAGAUAAAAUCGCGUUACUUGAAGAAUCGCCUGAAAAAUCCAUAUUGAGUCUCGAAGCGAGUGCGAUAAAGGACAUGGAUGUCAAGGGAGAGACUGAGAUCCCCCACGAGACCGUUCAAGAAGUCAAAGUUGAUGAGCCUCCCGUUUUUAGCGAUUUCAACUUCCCCGCUAUGAAGAAAUCUGCUGUGAAUGUUGGUGGAAGAGCAGCUCUGCCACCGCCCGUAAUGUCAUACGCUAAGAUGGUUGUUUCGGGCGAGCCGGUUCAGGGGCAGGAACUCACGGAAAAACCGAAACCUUACAUCUACCGUAACCCUCCCGCUAUGCAAGUCGACGCCGUGGAAGUAGUUGGAAAGCGUGUGGAAAACAAGGAUGAAUUCAAGGAGUACAAGCCUCGACGGUCGUCUGGACGACGCACUGUGAGCACGUCGGGGCCUAGCGGGAAAAAACUUGAUAUCCUUUCGGCCGUCGAAGAGCCCAACAAAAGUAAUUCUUUGACCAAUUUGUUAGCAGGAACUCACAUGCCCGAAAUCUCCGUCUUCCAACACCCGAAUAGGUUUUCCCUGAAAACGGAUCGCGCAAGCGAUGAAGUCCCAGCCUUCCCGGAGGAUAUGGUGCUUGAAGACGUCUACGAUGAAGUUGAGGCACCCUCAAACAAGGAAAAAACGGAAGUUGAGAACGCAAUUAACCGAAGGAAGCAAGAAGUUCUCAAAGCAAAGUCGCGCAAGAAAUCCAAAUCGACUUCAAAGAGCGAAAAAUCUGUUCCUGUACUCAAUGAUUCUCUAAUGGCAGCUCAUUACCUCUCACGCGAGAUGAGGUUUGAUAUGAAUGAAUUAGAAAAAGCAGAACAAAUUUACUAUGAAUUCCUCAACAGCCAGCCGAAUUCAAUUGAAACAUCUACUGUUGAGGGAGAAGUUUCUAUUGCGAAUGUAUUAAAUGAGGAAGGACCAUCUGCAGCUUCUCCAAUACCCAGGUCCGACCGCACUGAAGUGUCUACCUCCGAUACUAGCAAUGAAGAACGAUCUGAGCCUAAAAAAUGUUCCAUUGAAACCAUCAAUAAAGAAAUCGGUACACAACUUUUCAAUGAAAUCUCUAGUGAAACGCUGACCGAACAAACUCUGCCUGAAGGAUCUAAAUCAACAGUGAUGGCAGCUACCGCUUGUCAAUCGGAAUUGUCAUCCGAUGUGAAACUCGAUGAAAUAUCUCCUAUUUUAUCAACAGCGCCUGUAAAUUCUCUUAUAAAUGAAGAUCAUCAAAAACCAAAUGUUCUGGAAGAAAAAUUGAAAAAGGCAAGAGCGACAAUAGACAAAGCCAUUAUUCCACGUAUGAAAUCUGACCAAAACAACAAGACGGCAACGAAUGAGACUGCUGAAAUUAUAACUACUCCGAAAUCGGAGCCUGAUUUCGAGAAGCAGACGCCACCAUCGUUCAGAGAAAUCGUUUCUUAUUACGAUCAAAAUGCAAUCAAUGAGGCAGAAUCUCUUUACUUCGAAUAUCUCGCUAAGCAGGACGUUGAUGCCACUCUAACUCCUCCCGAGGGAGAAAACGUUUCUUCCGACGUCGAAACGUCAUCGCCAGCUAGUAAAAUGUUAGCACCAGCAUCUGGCGAUACUAUACAGAUGCCAGACGUCACCGCAGUUCUGGGUGAAGUCACUUCGAAGUCGGCUGAAAUCACUUCGCAAGUGCAUGCAGCCGUACCACAAAUGCCCGAAAUCACUCCACAUGUGCCUGCAAUCACCCCACUGGUCCUCGAUGACACACCGAAGGUGCCCGAAAUCACUUCAAAUGUUCUCAAAUUAGCAUCACCUGAGCUCAAAAUCACCUCAUUAGUACCCGACGUCCAGUUGUCGAUGCCCGAAGUCACCGAAAAAAAUUCCGAAGUUCUCUCGUCUGUGUUAGACGCCAUAUCGACUGUUAGAAUUGCUAAAACGAAUGUACAAGAACCCAUUCAGUCUGUUGAUGCUUCAGCGACUGGCGACGAUGCCUAUGAAAAACAAAAGAACGAAAUGUUACUGGACGUUUAUUCCCCUCACUGCACGUACGACGUUGGGGCAUUGAAAGCUGCUGAAGUAGAGUAUCACGAGCACCUGGCGAACGCACCUAGCGAGAACACCUGGGCUGACGUAGUCGCCAAGAACAAACCUGUUAUUCCAGCAGAUACCGAGGACGAUCAAUCAAACCGUUCCUUUAUUUGGCUCAAAAAGGCGUAUGUGCAAAUCGUUGUACCUGACGAUGAGUAUCCUCCUAGGACUCCCCUAAAGCUGGUUGAUGAAGAUGGCUUCACGGAGUGCAUCUCCAAGCGCGAACGCCGUCGUCGGUUACUCUCGUCGGGAUCCAGGGAUACUGACACUGAGGACGACUACGUCAAAGAUGUAGUACCCUACGUCCCCCGAGUUGAACUUCCUGACUUCACUGAAGUUCCUACCUCAGAGGCCAUUCCUGAACCCAAACCGACUGAAAAUGACGUCUCUUCUGCGACAUCAGACAAGCCUUCUAAGAAAAUUGCGCUUGACGUCGAACUGGAAGACCACUACGAAGAGGCCGUGGAAACGACGCCCAAGAAAAUUAUUCGCAGACGAAGUCAUAAAUCGUCUACGAUGUCCGAGGUUGAGCAAGAAGUUGAGGAAAUAAUCAGACAAAUAAACGAAGAAAAUGACAUCGGUCGAAUCCGGCGUCAAGUAAUCGACUUCUGGCAAGAUAAAUGGAAAUACGACGAUGCAGAACAAGCAUAUCACGAGAGCCUGGCAAAGGAAAACCAAAGAGCUGAGGUAGAUGUUGCUUUUGCAUCAGAUGUUAGCCGUAGAAACAAUGAUCGGGACGAUGAUGGUUCAAAUUCUGAAAAUACUGGUCAAAGAUCUCUCUCAAACCUCCCCUCGAGUUUAAGUGAUGGUAAUAGGAAUGGUUUAACUUCUAAUUUUAGUAACGAAAAUCGAGUUCCAUUCAAUUGGUCGGAUGAAAGUACCUACCUCUCACCAUCACUUGUCUCCACUCCCCCCGCUUUGCGUGCUGUGUCAGCUUCUCUAACAUCUGCUACCUUGCUUCCUUUGCAUGAUUUGUCUUGUCCUGCACCCGCCAACUUAGUGGAUAGAUUGUCUCCUUCUGUGCCCUCUCCUUCGGUAGAUAAUGCAUCUGCCUCUUUAGUUAGUGGUGGUCCUUCUGAUUUGAUCAUUAACGAUUUCACUUGUGUUCAAACGACUGAGCCUCAGGCAUCCACUUACCAAAACUCACCCGACUGUUUGACUGACUCUGACCAAGACAAAGCAGAUAAUAAACUCGAAAGUGUCGACGAGACCCCGGUCGCACCAACGACGAAGGAUUCGUGUCCCUUAAAACUCCCACUCGAAGAAGACCGAACCUUCGAUGGUCAUAAUGACCGAAUAUCAACUGCAGAUACCUUGCAGUCAGAGCCGUUGGUCAAUGAAACCCCACACGGCGGGGUUAAAGGAACCCUCAGAGAUGAGGCUAGCGAGUCGCUAGCGUCUCCUGUGACAUGGCACUCGGUGCAGGACCAAGCAAAUCAAACUGCAGCUGCUGCCUCACCUGCAGCUAAAAAGAGGAAGAAGGCAACCGAUGAAUUGAUUGUUAAAAAUGAAAGUGACCAGCCUAAAGAGAAAGAGAGUGACAAGAAGGAAAGAAAGAAAGAGAGUGACGCUUACAAGUCUGCCGUCAAGGAGGCCGAAGUAAAGCUCAAGUCCCUGGAAGAGAGGGUGAUGAAACUGGUGGACUUCGACGUGGCCGAGCGACUCAUGAGUCUGCAGAGCUUGACACUGGAGCUGCAGCAGCAGGAACAGCAGCUGACGAGGCUGCUGCAGGGCUGUCAGACACUCCCCGCUGACGACGCUGAGGCGCUGAACCUCCUGACGUCGGCACGAGGCCUCAUAACACGAGCACGUCAGCUGGAGGCCCAGGCCCAGACCCAGCGGGGCAUCAUGCAGGGUGGUCGCGUGGCAGCUGAGCGGCAGGCGCUGCACCUGGCAGAGUACCAGCAGGUGCUACACGACCUCGAGUGCUGGACAGCUGGCACCUGUGCCAACCUCACAGACGACGUCAGCUGCACCUCAUCAGCUGACGUCAGCGAUCAGAUCUCCCGCAAUCAGUACCUACUGCUUGACCUGACCAAAAGAGAGGCACAACUCGAGGACCUGCUCGAGAAGUGCCAUGCCAUCAAAGGUGACACGAACGUCGAAAGCCUAGCCGGCGAGAUGACCAAACAUUUGGUGCUGCUGCGACAGACUAUCGCCGACACCAGGACUGUUCUGCAGAACAAACUGCAGCGGCUCAAGGAGAUCCACGACAGAGAAACCUGUGUCGAAACUGGCGGCUUCACUUCACUGACAACAAGUCGUAAGAGACUCAUAAAGAAAAUCAUUUACGUCAACGGUAAAGCAGUGGAAACAGAAGAGGUCGCCUCCCCCGACUCACGGGAUCAUUCUUCUCCUAAAUUAACUGUCGAGAAGAUGCUCUAUAGGGAUGGCGAGCCUGUUGUCGUUGCAGAAGUGGUGGGUGGAAAGCUGGACGAUACAUCUUCUGGCAUUGCUGACAAGGUCGAUCAGGCAGCAAGUUCAACAAGUUUGAUAACGAAACGGCGUCGAAUCAUCACGAAAAUAUUUUACAUCAAUGGUGAACCUGUCGAAACGCAAGAAGAAGUGGAUGAACCAGACGCAUUGUCGGAGCGCCACUACAUUUCUUCUUAUCCAGAAACCUUCAGUACCACCGACGAGACACCGAAGCGUGUUGUUAAAAAGAUGAUCUAUGUUGACGGCGAACCAAGAGAAAUGGAAGAGAUGCUAGCUCCACAAACAUUUGGUGACAACACACAAACAGUGACCGAACCUUACACGUCAACCACCUUGAGAAGCGUUCGGAAGCGAAUAAUUACAAGGAUAAUUUACAUUGACGGGAAACCAGUUGAAACCACUGAGGAAGUUGAAGAACCGCAUGCGACAACAGAUGAUCUUCCACGAGAGCUUCAACGUUCUGAAAUAGGGGAGGAACCUAAAAUUACGACUGAGGUUCGAACCAUAAGCCGGCGAAUUAUCAGGAAGAUGGUAUACAUUGACGGCAAACCAGUUGAAACCACUGAGGAAGUUGAAGAACCCAAUGUGAGCACCGAUUACCUACCGAGCGGAAUUCUAUCUGCAGAAAUUAAGAAGAAACCUGAGGGUACGACUGAUGUUCAAACUGUUCGAAGACGAAUUACCAGAAAAAUCGUAUACAUCGACGGUAAACCAGUUGAAACCACUGAGGAAGCUGAAGAACCUGAAGAGACAACUGAUUACCUCCCACGAGCGAUAAAACGUUCUGAAAUUGAGGGAAAACCUAAAAUUAAUACUGAGGUUCGUAGGAUCCGCCGGCGAAUCAUCAAAAAAAUCAUAUACAUCGAAGGCAAACCAGUUGAAACCACUGAGGAAGUUGAAGAACCUGAUGUGAGCGCUGUAUACCUCCCAGGUGAAAUUCAAUCUACAGAAAUCGAGGAGGAGCCUGAGAUUACGACUGAGGUUCAGACUAUUCACAGACGAAUUAUCAAAAAAAUAGUAUACAUCGACGGCAAACCAGUUGAAACCACUGAGGAAAUUGAGGAACCGGAUGUAAGCGCUGAAUACCUUCCAGGUGAAAUUCAAUCUACAGAAAUCGAGGAGGAGCCUGAGGUUACGACUGAGGUUCAAACCGUUCGAAGACGAAUUAUAAGAAAAAUCGUAUACAUCGACGGUAAACCAGUUGAAACCACUGAAGAAGUUGAAGAACCGAGUGUAAACGCUGAAGACCUUCCAGGUGAAAUUCAAUCUACAGAAAUCGAGGAGGAGCCUGAGAUUACGACUGAGGUUCGAACGAUCCGCCGGCGAAUGAUCAAGAAAAUCGUAUACAUAGACGAUAAACCAGUUGAAACCAUUGAGGAAGUUGAAGAACCUGAGGUAAGCGCUGAAUACAUUCCAGAUGUAAUUGAAUCUACAGAAAUAGAGGAGCCUGAGAUUGCGACUGAGGUUCGUACGAUCCGCCGGCGAAUCAUCAAGAAAAUCAUAUACAUCGACGGCAAACCAGUUGAAACCACUGAGGAAGUUGAAGAACCGGAUGUAAGCGCUGAAUACCUUCCAGGUGAAAUUCAAUCUACAGAAAUCGAGGAGGAGCCUGAGGUUACGACUGAGGUUCAAACCGUUCGAAGACGAAUUAUAAGAAAAAUCGUAUACAUCGACGGUAAACCAGUUGAAACCACUGAGGAAGUUGAAGAACCGCAUGUAAGCGCUGAAUACCUUCCUGGUGAAAUUCAAUCUAUAGAAAUCGAGGAGGAGCCUGAGAUUACGACUGAGGUUCGAACUAUUCGCAGACGAAUCAUCAAAAAAAUAGUUUACAUUGACGGCAAACCAGUUGAAACCACUGAGGAAAUUGAAGAACCUGAUGUGAGCGCUGAAUACCUUCUAGGUGAAAUAAAAUCUACAGAAAUCGAGGAGGAGCCUAAAGGUAAGACUACUCAGUUUCAAACCGUUCAAAAACGCAUCGUCAAAAAAAUCUUAUGUGUCGACAGCACUCCAGUUGAAACAUAUGAGGAAGUCAACGAACCUGAAAUUGAUCUCCUGGCCUCUUCUGCAAAUAUCCGUGAAAGUCAUCAGAUUAUUACCGAUGCAACACAAAGUCGUUCUCAUAUCGAAAGUGUGCCGUUCGUAGAUUCCGUUGUUGUCAAGGCUAAAAAUAUAAGUAUUGUCCGGCGCCUCGAUUUAAACCAAGAUGGAAAAUUAGUUGAAGAAAAGGAAGAAGGUCCGAUUGAAACAAUUUACACCUCUAAUGACUGUUCUCUUGAAAAGCCUAUUUAUCUGCCUGUUAUGCCAAGAGUUGGGUUCGCUGAGAAUUCUGCCAUGCUGCCCCCAAAUGUAAGACGAUCAAUUCAGUUAGAAGGUAAUCAGCCUGUAAUGAUAGAUGAAAUUUUAGAUGAAUCACUGAAACCAGAUUUUGGUAGAAAAUUCAAUGUGAAAGUGGUGAGACGAGACCGAUACGUUAUCAAGAAGAGAAUAAUGAAAGACGGCGUGCCUAUUCUUAUCGAAAAAGUUUUAGAGAGGCCGCCUGUGGAAUUCGAACCUCCAGAAAAUGAAAAUCUUCCUGCGCCGGAGGAUUUUAUCGAAAAGGAAGACUCGUUGCUUUGUGACGACGUGCAAGAUAACGAUGAAGAAAAAACACUGUUGUCGGAUGAUUUUGAAAUCAUCACUCAUGACGAGAUAGGUAGAGAUUUGUAUUCCCGGCAAGAUAAAGAUAGCAAAAUUCCGUCUAGUCUACAGGAGAAUACCUUGAUAGACAGUCGGAUCCCCUCAAGCACUGGUAACGACGUCACAUCAAUUUCCGGAAGUUGUGAUCAACAGUUCCCUACGAAAAUUUUAGAUGUCGGCCUAGAAAUAAUUGCGGAAGGAAACGAGGAUACGAUCCAACCGAAUCUAAGAAAUAUUCCUAUUGAGGAUGCCGAAAUUUACAAGCUUGAGAUUAGUCCAAGAACUCGUUUCGACCAUACCCAAGUCGUUGGCAUAUACGGAGCCAUCGAAUCACUAACUGAGACUGUUAAUUCCCGAGAAGAAACGUUUGAAGUGGACUAUGGCUUUGAAUCAUCUGCACAAGAAAUGUGUGAUUUCGAGUUUAUACCGAAGCAGGAUUCGACUUCACUUGACCCAAACAAUAUUCCGACCGAAGAAAUUACUCAUGAUGAAUGUGCUGAUGAAGCUGAAGAUCACUCCGCGGAAUUCGGGAGCUAUGAAAUUAUCCCACCUGAACUUCUGCCAGAAUAUAAUUACGAUGGUGAAAUCACCGCAGACAAACUCGAUCAACAGCAGUCUUUGCAUUCUGAAAAUGAUGACGCUCGUCAAAUUUUGAGUAAUAUGGCGGUUGACACCAUUCUAAGAACACCUCUAGAAGUUAUUUCAGAAGAAGUUAGAGAGUGCUCAAAUGAACCAAUGAUGUUUCCCGCUACCGAGGAGACUUCUCCUGAAAUGUAUUCCUCUAGGCUUUCUGCUUCGAAUCGGUCAUUGGAAGGAGGAGAUUCCAUCGCACCGAGUAGCGCUCAAUCCAAAAAUUUUACUCGAGAUAAAGGUUGUAAAGAAUCCGUUACUAUAGUUACAGAUUUUACUUUUGGUAAAAAUGCCGAACCUGAAGCCGCCAAGUCUCCUGAAGUAAAAGUUUCGCCAAUUUUCGACCACGCUGUAUGUUCAGAAGCGGAUCGUGACCGCGAAGAAAGGUCUACUGUCACAGCUGAAUUUGAAUACUCGGUUCCUGCUGAUAUCAGUUUUGAUAUAAAACGGGAGCCAUCAUCAAAUCCAGAAAACUUGCAACUAGGCGAAUCUGAAGCAUGGAUUAACAUCGAGACCUAUCAUGCACAACCAGAAAAAAAUGUCAAGGCGUUCAGUCUUCCGACUGAUACAAAGGUAGCAUCACCUGAAAGUCUGACGGUAAUCGAUGAAACUGAACCCAUCUUUGUUGUUGAUGAUAGACUUCCAGCCGAGCCUAUUGCUGUCCUGGAUGAAAUAUGCGAAAGUUUGCCAUCUUUCAAUGAUAACUCGUCGAUAAAAGACAGAGGAGCUGCUGCACAACCAGCGAAAGAUCCAGCCUUCCCUUGCCCUGCAUAUGCUCUUGAUGCAAAGGACACUUGGCCUCUGUUCUCUAGCUCUGCGUUGAGUCAAGAAAUUUUUCCUAGAAUCGACUUCAUUGAGCAGCCCGAAGGCUCUCCUGUUGAAACAAAGUCUGCAUUCGCGCUGCCACUGUAUGAGAAAGAUGAAGUAAAAGUCGAGAAUGCAGCAAUACCCUCUGAGUUUGAAGUUACCGCCCCAAAACAACAUUUUGAUGCGGAACCUUUUUCCAAGGAGCCUACGAGGCUCUUGGUGGAAGAAGGGAAAGUGAAAUUCAUUGAGGCUGACUUACCUAGUGGUCCUAAUGAUGCUCCAGAUGCAAAUGCAAAAGAGCGCGCAGAUGUUUAUCCAGAUAUCGUCAUUCCUGACGCCUUGUCACCAAUUGAGGAAGAUCCCAUACCUGCUCCGUUACCAGUUUUUGCGUCUCAAGAAGAAUUUGCUAUUCAACCUCACCGGGCCUCUCUUUCAAGCGACUGUGUAGAUCUAUCAUCUGAAGAAGCGACGCCUAAAAGCGUCAUAUUGUUGCACCAACCUUUCCCGCCUGUCCAUAAUUUACCCUGUGCCAAUCUUGAUAAUACUCAAACCGAUUUUGAAACUUCAGUUUUACGUCAAACUUUUCACCCAAAGCCUACUCAUGAUUUCAGUUCAGACUCGCAUCCUGAAUUCCACGCCACAGCUUCUUUGCCUGCCACAAAGAAUGAUGCUCCCAUAACCCCUGCUGCUCUUCCUACUGUUUCAUGUGAUGAGAGUUAUAAAUGCCCUCUUGAAUCAGAUAGUUCAUUAAGAGAAGACUGCACGAGUGAACCCUCGAGCAUCUCAUUCCCACUGACUUCGCAAUUUCCUGAUAGUAAAGAAAUGAUUUCAGUUGCAGAAGAAAUAAUCUCAUCAUCUGAAAAUUUCUACGAUAUUACCAACGAUCGGCAAAAAGUUCCCGAGUUUCCCAAUGAUGGAGAAAUUCAUCUGGAAAUUGAAAAUAACUCGGAAUGCGUUAAGCCUGUUGAGUUAACGCAUUUUACUCCUAGAUAUGAUGGCUUCGAGGGAAAGCUUAAGCGCCAAAUUCAACAAGACUUCCCAGUACCUAUUGCAUCGCUGGAGGCUAGAUCAGAUCCUUCUGAGAAUGACCAAACCUUCGAUGCUUUCAACACCGUUACCUAUCAAUCUGAAGCACAACCGGAAUUAGUAACCGCCAUUGAUGAUAAUGUCCAGCCAGCACCUAAACCAGUCUUCGGUGUUGAAGAUAAGGUGUCAACCGAACCUAUUGCUGAACCGGUUGAAUUUGUCAAAGAUCCACAAGCAGGAGAUGACUCGUCGAUGGAAAAUGAACUAGCUGCCUCACGAUCAAAGGCAGAUGCAGCCUUCCCUUGCCCUGCAGGAGCUCCUAAUACAGAAGAUAUACUACCCGUGCCCCUCAGCUCUGCUUUUAGCCAAGAAAAUUUCCCUAAGAUUAACUUUAGCGAGCAGCCCGAUAUGGUCUCUCUUCUUGAAACGAACUCUGUAUUCGCGCUACCUCGGUACGAAAAGGUAGAAGUUACAGUCGAGGAGCACGUUAUACCAUCCAAGUUUGAAGUUUCCGCCCCUAAACCCGCUUUUGGUGAGGAACUCUUCUUCGAUGAAACGACGUCAGUCUUAUUAGAAGAACCAAGAAUUAAGUUUGAUAGUACAGUCCUACCUAGAGAUCAAGAUACAAUUUCAGAACCUAAAUACGACUCGAUUUUCUAUCCUGCUAUCGUCAGUGACGAAAAACCGACGUUUAUAGAUGAAAAUCCCAGCGCUGCACCACCACCAGUUUUCGUUCUAAAAAAUGACUCUCCACCAAAAGAUUUUCCUCCUCCUCUAGAAUUUAUUAGAGAUGUCACUCAGGGCAUAACAGAAGAUAAAACUGUUAUGAGCCCAACGGUAUCGACUCAACCUGAUGUAUCUUUAUUUGAUUCUAGCUUCGUUGUCGCGAAUGUUCCCUCGACAGAAUGCACUAGCUUCGAAGAAUUGACUUCACUGUCUUCUCAGGAGCUCGUAAAGCCAACAAGUUCCAUAGCUACCAAACACACUCCGGGGGCAACAAAUUUCACGGAAGAAUUUAUGCAGCCGGUUGACUUUGAAAUAUCAACCCCUCAUGAUGCAGUGUCACUGGAACAAAACAUUGCAGAUAAACAGCCCUUCACUGAACAUGACAGAGAACUCAUGACCGACUCGACCACAAUCUCUAUAGACCGUGAUGACCCGAGUGGCCUAACGCACGAAAUUCCUAUAGAGGGUGCGUCAUCAUCAACAGUUACGGAAGAUGUCACAACAUCGUUUCCAGAAUCUGACAACAAUCCGGAAAAUAUGGAUCCUGCAGAAUUUUAUCCUUCAGAAGAUUUCUCAGUACCUAUGGCUUCGCUUGUGGCUACAUCAAAUCUUUUCGAGAAUGAGGAAACCAGUGAUGCCUUCAACACUGUUACCUAUCAAACCGCAGCUCCACCUGAAUUAUUAACCGCCAUUCAUGCUAAUGUUCAACCAGCACCUAAACCAGUCUUCGGUGUUGAAGAUAAGGUAUCAACCGAACCUAUUGCUGUACCGGUUGAAUUUGGCGAAGAUCCACAAGCAGGAGAUGAAUCGAUAGAAAAUGAAGGAGCUGCCUCACGAUCAAAAACAGAUACUGCCUUCCCUUGCCCUACAGAUGCGCCUUAUACAAAAGAUAUACUACCCCUGCCCCUUAGCUCUGCACUGAGCCGAGAAAAUUUCCCUAGGAUUAACUUCAGUGAGCAACCCGAUGUGGUCUCUCAUGCUGAAGAUCACUCUGUAUUGUUAGCACUGCCUCUGUGCGAAAAUGUAGAGGUUAAAGUCGAGGAGCGCGUUAUACCAUCCGAGUUUGAAAUUACCGCCCCUAAACACGCGUUUGGUGAGAAAUUAUUUUUCGAAGAACCGACGUCAGUCUUAGUGGAAGAACCAAGAAUUAAGUUUGAUAGCACCGUCCUACCUGGAGAUCAAGAUAUAAUUUUAGAACCUAAUUACCACUGUAUUUUCUAUCCCGCAAUCGCUAGUGAAGAAAAACCUAUGUUUAUAAAUGAAAAUCCCAUCGCUGCCCCUACACCAGUUUUCGUUUCAAAAAGUGACUCUCCUCCUGAAGAUUUUCCUCCUCCUCUAGAAUUCAUCAGAGAUGUUGCUCAGGUCAUAACAGAAGACGUAACAGUUAUGAGCCCAACAGCAUCGACUCUACCCGAAGUUUCUUCAUUUGAUUCUAACUUCGUUGGUCAAGAUGAUACCUCAACAGAAUGCGCUAGCUUCGAAGAAUUAACUUCGCCGUCUUCUCUGGAGACUGUGAAGCUAACAAGUGUCACAGAUGCCGAAGACACUCCGGAGGCAAUACAUUUUACAGAAGAAUUUUUGCAGCCGGUUGACUUAGAAAUAUCAACCCCUCAAGAUGCCAUAUCACUGGAACACAAAAGUGCUGAUAAACAGCCCAUCGCUGAAAGUGACAGAGGACUUAUUGUAGACUUUGCCACAAUGCCUAGAAACAGUGAUGACCCGAGUGAUCUAACUCACGAAAUUUCGGGAGAUGAUCCGUCAUCAUCAACAGUUGCGGAAGUGCUAGAUCCCACAGAACUAGAUCCUGCUCUUGAACCGGUGUUUAUUUCUGAACCAAACUCUGGUGCUGUUUCUGUUCCGACCGUAUUCACUGACGAACCUACCUACGUGCCUUCGAGCAUUCGCCCCAUGAAUGAGAGCAUUUCUAGUGCAGAAAAGGAAGUAACUUAUGAUGCCGUUAGCUUCGAAAUGCUUUCAGUUGCUUCAGAAAGUUUAACAUGCAAGAAUCCGAAGCUUUCCAGCACCGAGGGCUUGGGUGACUCCAAACUUGAAUCUAGUAUUGUCUCUUCGAGCAACGCUGUAACCCCUGAUGUACUUCCUGCUUUCAGUUCUGAAACUCGUCCUGAUUUACCCUUCAAAGUGCCAUCGUCUGUUUUAAUUUCUGAAUCUGUUUCCUCUCCAUGGCCUGAUUUAAUUUCCGAAGACCUUGAUUCUUCUGUUAUUCUUCCAACAUCAACUGAUGUUGAUGAGUUCUCUAAAGCACCUCUUCAUCACGUUGCUGAUGUAGACAGCACUGCUCCUUAUCCCACUCCGUCAGAAUUACCUAUUUCGAAAGAUAUCUGCUCUGAAAUUGAAAUUGUAACUUCGAGUAAUCGGAGUUUUCCGCAACCCACUUUCGAUUCUAAGAUUCAAGAAAUGCGUGAAAACGAUUUCUCGGGAGCAGGUCCGUUCGAUGCACCUGUCUACCAUACCUCUUUCACGAACGUUAACGACCCGAUUCCUCAGCCAGAAAGUUGUAAGUUUGAAAUUAAAACAAUUACUAGUCUUAAAGAGACAGAAGGAAAUCGAAUUUUUGAUGACUUCAUUACGCGACAAUUCCCCACACCCAUGGGGGAAUCGAUAUCGUUGCCGAGUUCAGUUCAGAUCGACGCAUUCACCUUUAAACAUUAUGCUUGCGAUUUUGCACCACUACCUGGAGUAAUCGUUAACGAAGUUGAAAGCGCACCUGUUCCCAAAUUUAAUAGUGCAUCUCAUAUUGAGCUUGAACCCAAAUUUGCUCUGCCGUUAGAAUUUGAAACGAAGUACGAUGCCGUUUCUUCACUUGAAUUGCAGGUGCCAGAGGAUGCUGUGGAAACGACUGUUGACCGAAAAAUGAAUAAUUCAGAUUCAAAAUCCAAUGAAGUAGUAAACAACGGUGUUGGAGACUUGAUUCUGACAGAAGAAGUAUCAAUUAAAUGUGAGGAAAACCAAAUCAAUGAUGCUCCGGCCACAUGUGGAAAAACUGGUGAAUCUUAUUCUGAUAAUGCAGCCACGAUAUCUUCUAGAGGUGAAGUAAGAGAACCUGAAUUAGCAUCUGAAUUCCUUGCCGGAGAGUUGAUAUCGAUUGAAGUAGAAGAGGAACCAACGAUUACGACUGAUGUGGAAAUAAUUCAGCAAAAUAUUAUCAAGAAGAUCGUAUAUAUAGACGGGAGACCGGUUGUAACUACAGAUGAGGUUAAAGAACCUGAACUGACCACUGUUAACCUUGCAAGUGACAUUCAGUCAACUGAGGGAGAAGGAGAACCUGAAAGUACGACUGAAAUUCAAACCAUUCGAAGGCGAAUUGUCAAAAAAAAUGCAUACAAAGACGGCCUACCAGUUGAAACUAGUGAGGAAGUUGAAGAACCGGAAAUGAUCGCUCAUAACAUACCAGGUGAGAUUCAAUCAGAUGAAAUUGAAGCAGAACCUGAGACCACGAUUGAGAUUCGAACCAUUCGCAGACGAAUCAUAAAAAACAUCAUUUACGUCGACGGCAAGCCAGUUGAAACCACUGAGGAAGUUGAAGAACCUGAAGAGACAGCUGAUUACUAUCCAGGAGAGCUUCAACGUACUGAAAUUGAGAGAGGAUCUAAUAUAACGACUGAGGUUAGAACGAUCCGCCGGCGAAUUGUCAGGAAGAUCAUAUACAUAGACGGCAAACCAGUUGAAACCACCGAAGAAGUUGAAGAACCUAUUAUGAGCACUGAUUACCUACCAGGUGAUAUUCAAUCUGAUGAAAUCGAAGAGGAGCCUGAGAUUUCGACUGACGUUCGAACAAUCCGCAAUCGAAUCAUCAAGAAAAUCGUGUACAUCGACGGCAAACCAGUUGAAACCAGCGAGGAAGUUAGAGAGCCUGAAGUGAGUACUGUCCAACAUCUAAGUGAGAGCCAUUCGAAUGAAAGUGUGGAAGAACCUGAAAAUACCACUGAAGUUCGAACCAUUCGCAAGCAGAUAAUUAAAAAUAUAGUACUUAUUGAUGGGAAGCCUGUUGAAACCAUCGAGGAAGUUGAAGAACCUGAUGUGAGCACUGAUUAUCUUCCAGGGGAAAUUCAAUCUACGGAAAUUGUGGAGGAACCUGAAUUUACGACUGAGGUUGGAACCAUUCGCAGACGAAUCGUCAGAAAAAUGGAAUACGACGACGACAAACCAGUUGAAACCACUGAGGAUGUUGAAGAACCUGAUGGGACAACCGAUUACCUCCCAGGAGAAAUUCAAAGUAAUGAAAUUGAGGGGGAACCCGAAAUUACGACUGAGGUGCGAACGAUCCGCCGGCGAAUUAUCAGAAAGAUCGUAUACAUAGAUGGCAAACCGAUUGAAACCACCGAGGAAGUUGAAGAACCUGAAGUGAGCACUGUCCAACAUCCAGUUGAGAGCCAUCCGACUGAAAAUAAGGAAGAGUCGAAAAUUGCUACUGAAGUUCAGACCGUGCACAGGCAGUUAAUCAAACAGAUAGUAUAUAUAGAUGGAAAGCCUGUUGAAACAACUGAGGAAGUUGAAGAACCUGAAGUGUCUACGAUUUACUUUUUAGGUGAGAUUCAGUCAUCGGAAAUAGAGAGAGAACCUGAGAGUACAACUGAUGGUUGCACCAAUCGCAAUCAAAUUUCAAAGAAUAUCGUACAAAGAGACAGGAUACCUGUCGAAACAACUGAGGAAGUUGAAAAAUCGGGAGUACCCACUGAUCACCUAAAGGAAGAGAUUCAACCGUCCAAAAUCGAAGAGCUGACUAAAAAAACGACCGAAUUUCAAAACAUGCGCGAGCGAGUCGUCAGAACGAUCAUAAAUAAUGACGGCAAACCAGUUGAAAUUUCUGAAGAUGCUGAAGAGACCACUGAUUCCCAAACAAUGGAUAUUAAACUGUCUGAAAUCGAGGAAAAACCUGCAGCAACAACAACUGAGGUUCACAUCGAAUCUUUCAUUUCAGGAGAUAUUAAAUCGAAUGAUACUGAGAAAGAACCUAAAACGUCUGAGGAAACGGAAGACCCUGAAAAUGCCAAAACCCUGCUCCAUAACAUUUCCUCACCAGCUUCACCAGAAACAACGAAAAAAUUGGAGGCAGCUCCAAACGUUGCAUCUGUACCUGCGUUAAAUCUACCCACUUCUACUCUGGCACCUUCAGUCCAGCUUACUAUUGAUGUAAUUGAUGGUGUCCUGGCUGCGCAAAGACCUCUGGUAGGAUCAGCGUCAGCUUUAGGGACUGCCCUCCAAAGUAUUCCAUCAGCAGUGGGUUUAGUUGCCGGAGCUGGGCGGGCCAUAGUUGGAAGUAUUGAUGUUCUGAGGAAAGUCAAUACUGUCGAUGAUCAAGACAAGCUCAUGGAAAAUAAAUUACCGGAAAUUCGGUCUGAACAAAUACCUCAAUCUAUUGACUCGACUGAACCUGAAGACCCCACGAAAACGAAGAGGAAAAGGAAGAAGAAAAACAAAUCUACUGCUUCCAGGUUGGAAGAUCCUGCGGAAAUGAAGACCGGUGCAGUUUACGGCGAAGAAUCGGAAGAUGUUCCGCACCAUGAAAUUACUGAAAUCGAACCUCAACGUGGUAGCUCGAUUGUUGAAGUUGAAACACCCGUCGUUAGAGCGCCUACAAAGAACGAAAAAGAAUUGAAAAAUAAACCCAAUAAACGCAAGGGAACCACACCUACCGAGCAAAUUAACGAGCCCGAAGAGUAUAAUCAAGGGCAAUCUGAUCCAUCGGGUGACUCGUGUUCUGCAAGAGAAAUUUCACUUCCGACUCAGGCAUCUAGAGUUUAUGAUGAUCAAACGCUGCAUACUUCCAUGGAGCCGGAAACAAAAUUAGCUUCAGGCGACCCGAAUGACUUAAAAAUUAUUGACGAAGAAACUCUUAUGGAAAUUCAGUCUAUUGAUUCUACUCGCGACGGCACGGUCUGUUCACCGAAUUCAAAUGAAACAUCUGAGGGCGCUCGAGAGAAUGAAAGUCUAGAGCCUAGCAUCAUCGAUGAUGAGAACAAAAUUCGACGAAGUUUGACAGAAUUCGACGAAAUGUCAAAAGUUACUUGCAAAGAAAGCUCGCCUGAAAAUGACGAAAAAUCAACCAAGAAGAAAAAGAAGAGGAAGAAGAACAAGAAGAGUGGUGAUUCUGAUGAAGUACAGAUUGGCAUCCCCAAAGAAAGGGGUGAGCAAAUCAUCGAUCGUGGUAUUUGUGGGGAAAUUUCUAAUCCUGAUGUUCAAAAGAUUUCGAAAGUGGGCAUAUCCAGACCUCAGCCGAGUGAAUUACCGGAGAAAAUCAUAUCUACUUCUAAAGUAACUAAUUUAGCGUCCCCAUCCGAAACCGUCAAGGAUCCUUUUGAAUAUGAAAAAAUAGAAUCUCUUGGUGACGAAAAAUCAUAUAAAUCAGCAGAUCUUUGUGAAAAGGAGAAGCCUGUCAAUGAGACGCUCCUUGAAGAUGCAGACCUUUCCUCAACACAGGCAUCAAAGCCUGAAACCUCAAAUGAACCUUCAAUUUUAAGCCUUGACGAGACGGUUCAAUCGGAAAAAAUGACGGAGGCAGAGAGCGAAGAACCCCCAAUCACAGAGAAAGUGACAGUGUUACCCACACAUCAUCAAAAGCCUCAUACCGAGAGUAUUGCCGACACUAAGGCCAAGGCAGUUGAUCCGGUAUUGCCCGAAUCGCCGGAAUUGGAGGGAGGUUCCAUUGUUUCGCGUAAGAAAAAGAGGAAUAGGAAGAAUAAAAAGACUGUUUCUCCUGAAACGGAUCUUUCUGACAAAAUUUUGAAAUGUGUUGACAGCGAGACCCUAGAGACUGAAAGCCUUGUAGAAAGAGAACCGAUACCUACACCCAUGGACAGGGAGUUAAUGGGUGCAUCGGACGACGUACAUCGUGACGAUCAAAUCGCUGCAGCAUCUGUUCGAAUAUCAAGUGAUAAACCUGCGUUACCUGAAGUGCACAUACCGGAUUCAGUUCAAUCUUCUAUUCAUGUUGAAGAAUUUCCGGCUGUCCCUGCAUCACUACCUCAUGAUGGAGAUAUGCUGAGUGACAUAGAGCCAGCUGUUUCCGAUGAAAGUUCAGCGAUGGUAUCUGAAUUUUCGAUUUCUACCAGUGACGUACCUUCUCCCAUUGAGCCAACUGUUACUGGUGACUCGUUCCGUUCCAUUGUUUAUCUGGGCCAAGAUUCCACCGUAGGUACCCCGGGUGUGAUUGAAGAAGCAUCUACUAUUGGUUUGGAGCAAGUAACAGCGGUGCAGGCUGAUGCCAUUCUUCCAUCAAUAGUUGCUUCGUUACCUGAUGAAACUAUGACUCCAGUCGAAUUUCCCUUGCCCGGUGAUGGCUCAGAAGUAAUUGAAGAGAGAAAUGUAACAAUCAUCAAAAGGUAUAUAAUCAAAAUUGUUCACAUCAAUGGUAAGCAAGUUGAAGUGGAAGAAGAGGUCCCUGAAGAAGCUGAAGUCAUCAUUCGACAAGAUGAAUCUGUCGACGAAGGCAGGGUCGUAACUAGAACCAUUACUCGGAAAAUAAUCAGGAAAAUAAUAUAUGUCGAUGGCGUGCCUCGUGAGAUAGAGGAAACUCUAGAUUGUCUUGCUGAUGAUGAGAACACUGAUAUCAAGUGCGACAGAACGUCUCCACCUGUUGAAUUUCGAGAUCACACUACUUCUCAGCCUACUUAUGAAACUUCUCACGAAGAUGUGCUUGAGGAGGCUUCUGUUGAAGCACAUACGGGAGUAGUUUAUGAAGACGCUCCUAUCGAAACUACGACCGAUGAAGUUUCAAAGACGGCUCCUGUUGAAACGCCUCUCGAAGAAGUUGUAGAAGAAAGUUCUGAUGAAAAUUCAAGCGAAAACGUUUUAGAGGUGGCUUCUGAUGACACUCUUCUUAAAGUAAUUUUGGAGGAGCCUUCUGUCGAAAUAUCUUCGGGAAAAGUUUUAGAAGACACUCCUAUCGCAACUGCGACCGAUGAAGUUUCAAAGAAAGCUCCUGUUGAAACACCUCCCGAAGAAAUUGUAGAAGAGAGUUCUGUUGAAGUGCUCAGCAAAAAAGUUUUAGAAGAGACUUCAUUUGAAACUCCACCCGAAGAAGCUUUAGAGCAGGCUUCUAUUGAAACAACUUCCGAAGAAGUUGUAGAGAUUUAUGUUGAAACUCCUAAGGAAAUAGUGUUAGAAGUGGCUCCUGUUGGAACUCCUGAAGAAGUUUUAGGGGAGUCCUCGGUUGUAACUUCUAACGAAGAAGUUUUAGAGGGGGUCUUUGUUGAAUCUCCUCUCGAUCAAGUUGUAGAAGAGGCGUCGGUUGAAACUACUCCAGAAGUUUUUGAAGAUAAUUCAUGUGAAAAUCUCCGAGAUGGCAUUUUGGAGGAUCCUUCUCAGAUCACUGAGACUGUAAGCAAAUUAAAUGCACCGGAUCAAUCUUCCCAAAUUAUCUGCGAGUGGGAGAUUAUAAGGAACAUAAUUCAUACUUCGCGGAACAAGACUAGAUAUCCAAAUAUGGCUCUUGUUCCCACGAAGCGUUCAACCUUGGACAAGCCACAAGACGAAGUCGACUUUCAUACGCAGUCAUUGCAACAAGCCGUCAAUGAUAACGAUCCGGUGACAGCUCGGAAAAUUAUCACUAACGUUCUGCACAUCAUCUCAGUGUGGAUUGAAGUAAUCGAGUAUGAAAUUCUGCUGAUUCGGAAGAUCGAAACACUGCACGAGCGAAAUGCCAAGCAUGAGCACCUACAGAGAGAACUGGUAAUCGUUGAUGAAAAACUCACCAUCCUUCAAAAAACUAUUUAUGCUGUCCGUGAGUUGUUUGAUCCAGAAACAGCUGCUUCUGUCGUUGAGGCUGUGAAUUCACUGAAAUCUCUGAUUGCCGAUGUCGAGGAGUCGAGGCAAAAGGAGGAAGUGGCUGCACGCGAGUCAGACGAAAAUCUCAAGAGAUACCGCAAUGUUGUUGGAUCAGCCAAGAAGAACGCCAAGCGAAUCAAAUCUCAACUUGUUGCGAUUCAAGAAGAGCCCUUGACUUCGGAAGCUAAGAUCGAACGUCUUGGAAAUCUAAUCGGAGACAACGACGAAGCCAAAGAUUCCGUACAUGAAUUAAUACUAGCGUCUGGGGAAACGGUUCCUGGGAAAGAACUUGAGGACGAACUCGCAGGUGUGCAGGCUGAACUGCGUACCAUCAAUGUAUCCGCGGAUAAGGAGCUUGAACGUUUACUCCUGAUGACCACUUCAACUACCGAAUAUGAAGAAACUCUGGAAGAACUCACGGAACUGAUCCGUGCGGCAGAGAGUGCCCUCAACGUCAGGUUAUCAGUUAAAGAUAUUGCUCAGCUAGAUGACACAAUACAAAAGCACCGUAGGUUGUUCACGUCGUUGAGGCAGUGUCAGAAAGUCUUGGAGUCUCUCGACAGCGCUCUAGUGCCUCAGAAACGCGUACACUACCACCAGUUGUACUCAACCUCAUACAUGCAAGCCUCGGCAUUGCUGGACAAGGCCUGUAGGCGUCAGCAUCAGCUCACUGUCCUCAAAUCAGACUGGAUCCGUAUACUGGAGCAGCUCGAGCAGGAGGAGAAAUGGCUGGAGAAAGUGGUUCCCGAGGUGGAAGAUCUCCACAAGAUGUCCUCUUCCAACUACCAGGAGAACACUGAGCUCUGCAAGGAACUUCAGGACAUGCUCGUGGCGAGUGUACAGCACGAGGCGCACACCGGCCAUCUCGUCGACGUCGCCAGCAAGCUCGGCCGAGCAGUCGUCGCCACGCCCCUGGAGUGCCGUGCCCGCCAGCACCACGACCGCACCACCGCCCUCAGGCACAAGGUCGCGUCGCUGCUGCAGCGGCUGGAGGAAGUCCACGUCCACUGGCCAGCCUACGGUGCCCAGAUGGACAGCCUGCACGAGUGGUGCGCGCAGGCCAACGCCUCCCUCGCCAGCCUGCGCCUUUCCGACCAACCCGACCAGGCGUCCAUCAACGACCACUUCAACCAGAUCUGGAACAUGAAGGCGCAGUUCGACAGCCAGAGUCUGCUGCUGCGAGAGUGUACGAGUCACUUCGAGCGGUCGAUGGGACUUGUCGAGAUGCGAGACGAAGCCCUGCAGCGCGAGUACCUGACACAGUUCAUGGCAGAGUGGAAGCUACUGGAAGAGUUGCUAUCUACCAAAGAGAAGGAACUGCAACGGCUCCGUAUCCAGGUGGUUCCGGUGCCACAACUGCUGCAGGAAACACAAGACACUCUAGCCAGCAUCGAGGUUGCUUUGAGGGAGGUGGACACUCAGGUAACGUCCAUCCAGCAACUCAGAGAUAUCGCUGAGAAGUACAAAAUCCUGCGCGUCAAGAUCCUCAACAGCAGGGAUAACUUGGAGCAUCUUCGUGAAGUUACCGAAGCCGGUGCUGAUGGUGCGGCAGAUGGUGAGGAGCAGGAGAACUGUGGCCAGAUGCAGGAGCAAGUAAGCCAGCUGACGACCACCUGCCAGGAGCUGGUGUGCAACAUUGGGCGACGCAUCACGUCAGUGGAGUGCGUGCUAGAUCAGGUUCAGCGCGCCGUACGACGUGUCGAGCGCAUUUCCCUCACCAUGAUGCACUUGGAGACGACGCUGAACAGAUGCAAGGCUGCAGACAAAGAGGGUGAGCAGCUGCUAAGAGCUGCGCUGCACAGCUGCAAGGCAAUCAAACAGGGUCUCGAGAAGGCUGGUCUUGACAUCUCGCAGGUGAAAGAGAGCGUCGAGAUGGUGCGACGAGACCCCCACCACCCCUGUCAUCUUAUCGAGCUCGACGAAAAGGUCGCUCGCCUCCAGGAAGAGCUCAGGAAUCUUUCCUUGAGCAUCGAGGAGACGCGCACCAACCUCCGGGGCAGGCUGGAUGCCUGGCACAACUUCAGAAGUUCCUCGGAUGCCGUAGACAUGUACCUCCACGAGAUCGAACUCAUGGUUGACAGUGCCGUCAACUUACCGUCGGUCAACCUGCAAGGCUUGCAGCUACAUCUAGCAGAUCUGCAGGGCCUGCAGAGUUCCAUGGCUGACCGUGAAGAGGAACUGCUUACGACUCUAAGAACUGAGGCAGUGCGUGUGGAGAAGGCGGACUGCGUGGAGACUCAAAUCACCAAGUGGAACAGCGUGUGCGACCGCCUCGUGAAGGUGAUCCUGCGGUACGAGACUGCGUUGCAGUUGUGGGGAAGGUUCAACUCAGUCCAGCGGGAAGUGCACGGCUGGGUGGACUCCAAGCUCACUCUCAUCAUCUCCCUGCAGUCCCUGCAGCCUGACCAGCAGCAGCUGCAGUCCCAUGUCGAGGUGUUGGUGGGCGAGACGAGGUGGUCUGACGAGCGCGUGAGCGAGCUUCGUCAGCUCGCCACUGAGAUUCAGUGCAACGUCGCUGAAGAUCCUUCGUACGAGAACAGCACGUCACUGCUCACCGAGGUUGAGAGACUCGGCAACCGCAUCAACAGCCUCACCGACGCUGUUCACCAUCUUAGUCGUCAACUGUCACAGCCAAAAGAACAGUUAGCACUCGAGAGUAGUAUUCCUGAAGCAGACCUUGAGAUCAGCCUUCAGAAAGUUAAGCAGGUUCUUGAUCAACCUCCUCCUUUGCCCAAGGAGACUUUACAGCGAGCAGAGCAACUUAAAGAACAACUUGUCUUGCUGGGAUCCUACCCCAGGGGCUUGCCUUCUGCUCUAGAAGAGGAGGAGACGGGAAUUCAAGCCCUGCCUCAGUGGCAAGAAGCCCUCGAAGGAACCAACUCCCAGUAUCAAAAAGUUCUUGCUGGAAUAUCGGGUGACGACGAACAGCUCUUUGCGGCUGUAAGAACUUGGGCUCAAUAUGUGACUUCCGUGGAGGAAGGCUUGAAAGCGCCCAUUCCUGCGUCGAGAGAAGGACUCAUGGAAGAAGCCCGUCUCUGCCAAGUCCAUCGGUCAAUAUUGACCACCCAAAGUUCGGUGCUUAGUUCGCUGCAGCAGCGAGCAUCAGCCCCUGACGCGUCUGACAACCUUAAGACCCUGAAUCAUCAGCUGGCAGACCUGCUUACUCGCCAUGACAAUGCCUUGGCCCUCAUCGUCCCUAAGGAGCAGAUGCUGUUCAACACCAUCACUCUCUGGAACAAAUAUCGUGUCAAGGUAGAACAGCUCCGCACAUGGCUGGUGAACUUGGAGCGCGAGAAGCAGUUACUCCACUUGCGGCAAGUCGCCCGACGUUCGCUCGACCAUAUCAUUGACAGACUCAAGUCGCUGCUAACUCAACUGGAGAAAGGGCAGCCGAAACUCGAGGAAGUGUCGAGUUUGUGUGAUCAACUCAUGGAAGCGUGCGACGAGAGUCUACAUGACGUGCUCAAGGCAGAGCUGAGUUCUCUGACCCAACGGCACUCCAACCUCCGGUCCAUGAUCAACACAUGGCUGGACCACCUGCAGAAAAGUUCAAAGUUGUGGACUCAGUUUGAGAAUCUCCAUGACACCCUUAACUCAAAACUUUUGGUUCACCAAGAGCGUUUGCCGCUUCCACUUCCUACCGAGGCUACCGAAGUGCGCGACGCUAUAAAAUAUUGCGAAAACAACAUCCGAGAGCUUGCAGAACUAGAGGAUGCCUUCAACGUACUCAGGAAAACCAGAGAUGAUCUUCAGGAGUCGAUCAUGGUGCCUGACUCACGGCUUCUAAAUCACAGAGUCUCUCGAAUACUCCAGCUGAGAAGCGAGCAAAUUUAUAGUUACAAACAGAAAAUCGUCUGUCUGGAAUCGCGGCUCGAGUUGUGGCAGUUGUUCCAGGUGAAGUACGCGCAGUUUAUGGAAUGGGCUGAUGACAUCGAACGCAGGAUAGAAGGAGCUAGUGAGCAAUACCUGGAAGCCCUAAUCAGGAAACUCGAGCACGAGUAUCUCGACGAAAUUGAUCUUAAAACCAUUUCCAAAUUGUGGCUUAUAUCUGAAGGAGAGGAACUACUCAAGAACAGUAGUGCGGAACAGGCCAAGGAUAUAGAAAGUAAAAUGUCGUCCGUUAAAGAUACCUGGGCUAGAAUUAAUGACAAAUGCCGAGCCCGGAAGUCUAAGUUAGUUGACAUACUGCGAGCGAUCGGCGAAACGGAGGAUUCUUUGGCCGAGCUGAAGGAUUGGUUGUACAGAAUAGAAUGCCAGCUCAAUAGCCCCAUCCUUUUCCAGGAGUGCAGCAAAAAGGAAAUAGAUUCCCUGCUCAGUUUGGAAGAAAAUGUGAGAAAGGAAAUUGAGCGGCGAAGCUCGACGGUGUCGUCAGUUUUGAAUUUGUGCGAGACGAUCAUGCGUGACUGCAGUGAAGUUGAAGCCAGCGGAGAUACAGACUCGCUUACCGUGGCCUUCAACAGCCUCGAGAGACGUUGGGCUGACAUUUGUUCGCAGGCUGCCGGCCGCAAAAAGUUCAUCAAGGACACCUGGCCUUUGUGGGAGGAACUAAUCAAACUCCACGCAGACUUCAUGGUAUGGCUAACGCGUAUCGAGGAAGAGGUUGAGGCCAGCGGGAUCAGCGAUACGACACUUGUUCCGUACGACCAACUAGGCGAUGUCAACAAAAAGAUGCACGCUCUACAGCGUGAGAUGCACGAGCAUACUAAGGACUUUGAGGUUCUGAACCACGCGUACCGAGGUGUGGCCCGGUUCUGCGGCCCCCAGAACCGGCUGGACCAGAGCGGCUCCAUGAAGCAGAGGAUCCAAGAUGCCAACACGCGAUACCACAAACUCAACAGGUACAUAGCUCAGAUAAUCAAGCGUUUGAAACGAAGCUCCGACGCCUACAAUGAAUUCAAUCUGAAAAAGGAUCGCUUUGUGACGCUACUGGCAAGCUACAACGCGCGUCUGGAGGCUGUCGAAGACAACAAAGACCAAAAGGACUCUAGCAAGAAGAAAGCAGUGAACGUGGUCGUGGCUGAUCUCAAGAAGAACAAGAAGGAGAUGGGGGAGUUCAACGGCCUCAUCGAAGGCUUGUUCCAGCGGAGCAGCUGUCGGGACGCACCCCGCGUGGAGGAGGAGCUUGAGCCUUACGCACGCGAAUGCCGGCAGCUCCACGCACGGCUCACCAGACUCGCAGCUCGUUAUGCCAUCGACGUGACAGACGUGCUCAUCGUCGUGCGUUAUAUACUUUCACACACUGAUACCUCCUCUAUAUUGCCUGGUGACGAAGUUGAUGAUACGUCUUCCGUCGCCGACGCUGGUUCCUUUAGCUUAUCUGACGAAGGUGACACGUCGUUGGUUCCCGACGAUGAAAUGGAAGCACUGGAGCCUACCAUUGGCUCCCUGAACGUCGCCAUCGUCAGCGGCGCCGUCGGGAGGUCCGUAGAGAACGAGCUUAGGGCUGCGCUGGAGGAGACGAAGAGGCUCCUCGUCAUCCUGGACGCGGCUCUCGUCUCUCCCACCCCCGAGGGCGACGACGUCGACCGCGUCUACUACGACUUCACGAAGCAGGUGGCUGAGAGCCGCGCCUGCGUGCAGCUGCUGCAGGCGAUUGCUGAAGGAGGCGCAGAUGACGCUGCAGUGCAGCACCUGCAGCCUGAUGUGCAGAGUGUGCAGCGUGAAUGGUGCAGACUUGAACAGCUCGCGGUGCAGAAGCAGCAGCGCAUCAAGGAGAGCAGUGAAACGGCGUCAUCGACUUGUCCUCUGUGCUGCCGGCGCAACUGGCAGCAGUUCGGCCACGACUGCUGGCGCCUGGAGCAGUGGCUGACACACUCCGAGGCCGCGCAGGCGUCUAGGGGCGCGCUAUCGUCGGCCAUUGAACAGCUGGAGGAGGCCGCCCAGGACCACCGGGAGUUCCUGCUGGAGCUGGACAGUCACAAGUCCGUCAUCCUGGGCCUCAAUGUGAUAGGGGCCCACCUGGCCCAGCACACCCGCUCCCGGACCCGCGGAGACCAGGUGCGGGAUCGCAUGAACCGCAACAACGCGCGCUGGGAGGCGGUGUGUCGCAACGCUGCCGCCUGGCAACGCCAACUCCAGACCGCGCUGCUCUCCAACACCCAGUUCUAUAAGACAAUAGCUGAUCUGCUGGGGUGGAGCGCAGAUGCCGAGACGCAGCUGCGAGACAUCGAGCAGGAGCAGCUGAUGCACGAGACCCUCAUGGAGCAGCGCAUCGAGGCAGCUGAUGAGGGUGGGCAGGAGGCGCAGGCGGCCCAGGAAGAGGCGGAGCUACAGGUGCGCGUGGCGCGAGUGCUAGCCGUGCGCGCCGAGGCCGAGCGCUGCGAGCCGCGCGUUGCGUCCCUGCACCAGACGGCUCAAGAUCUACUGCAGACGUCUGAGUCCAGCAGCUGUAAGGAGGUUCAGGAGCAGCUGCAGCAGCUGUCAGGCAGACUGCAGCUGCUGCUCACACUUUGCACGCAGCUGCUCAGGCGCAUGAGUGAACUGCUCGGUCGGGACUACACACAGAGCCUCGGCUCUCUGGCGUCAGAGGGGCUGUACGCGUCAGCCCACUCGUCCCGCCCCACCAGCCCAGCCCACCUGCAGGCUGCGUCCAGCGCCCACUCACUCUCACCCUCUCUGCACACGGCCGCUGACGACGAAGGUGUGGUGAUGAGGUCAUGCAGAUUCCUGGGGCGAGUGAUGAGGGCUUCGCUGCCCAUCCAGGCCCUCAUGUUCCUCAUGUUGGGCGUGGCUUCCCUCAUGCCGAGCUCCGAGGACGACUACGCAUGCAACAUGGCGAACAACUUCGCCAAGAGCCUCAGCCCCAUGUUGCACCACAAUGCUCCGCCCCCAACAUAAUGCUAGAUGACUUUUUGAACCCCUAACAUGACUCCUUGCAACCCAACAUCUCUCACCGGACCCCUAACAUGAUGAGCAAACUCUCAUUGUCAUGACUUUACAAAACUAAUGGGAUGUUUCCAAUCCAUACGAAGAAACGGUUCUAUUUUACCAGGAAAAACGGGUUGUGUGGGAUGCCAUUUGUGGUUGUCGCAUGACUGUCCCUGCAAAUGAGCCAAAUAACUGAUACUUUGAUGGGCCACGUGAAGGAGUUCUACGUGGGACCCUACUUAGCAUUCCUACUUGAAUGAGAUCGCUGUCCUUAGUCGACUCUGUUUUAUACCUCGAGGUUUUUUUUCACCUCGGCAGAUUUAAUUUUCUGUGUUGAAUUUAUGAUUUGCGCUUGACGAUCGGUGAGGCUAUCUUAAAUUAUUUAAUAAUUUCAUGACCGCAUUAAUUUUAUUUCUCAGCCGAUAACGUUGGAUAGCGACGAAGGAAUUCGUUCUAAAAGACGCAGUCACCUUAUACACGCGACCAGCUGUCUCGUUUAUCAAAUGAUAUUAAUGAAUUAUUUAAAUGUGAAUUUAAUUCAUUGUCAGUUCUUACAGAGUAUAAGUAAUUAUAUUAGGCAAUUACACAAGAUGAUUUCAAUGCCCUUCCUCGUGGAAAGACGAUUUCCACAUCCUCCCCUCUCUCUGAGUAUUCCAUGUCCCCAUCACGCGAGGGCGAGGCGUUCAAUUGGAAGAUGACUUACUUCGUCAGUUCGCCCGGCCUGACGUAGUAGACGAUCUCGGCUCGCGUGACAGCUUGUGUAAUGAAAUGCGUUCGUAUCAUGAAGCGCCGACGUAAGCCAAUAGUCAAUUACGUUUGUAUGCGUCGUACGUUGUGUCAGCGCAGCAAAUGCGACAUUAUCGUGACGUUUUAUUCUAAUUAUGACGUAAGAUUGCUUUGUUAUUGUUGCCUUCUUUUUAUUUGUUCGCCGCAACCGUUAAUUGUUCACACAGCUGAGCACGGAACUCCUUGCCGUUCACCAUGGUGGUGUUCCACGAUAGUUUUAAAUAAAACCUUGGGUGAUGUUUGUGAAUCAUGCAAUGCUACUCAAUUUUCUUCUUCACGUCACGGCAGGUUCCUCCAGAAAUCUCAAGUGUAUCAAAGUACGUAUGACCUUGGUAGAUGUACACUGUACAUACAACAUCGUAAGUGCAGUGGGUGCCCAGUUCUGAAGAGUUAACGGUUGCGGUGUUGCUUGCUUUUAUCCUUUGUAUUCAUUGAACGUAAGCUAAGAAUUUUAGGGACAAAUUGUGAUUUAUAAUUAGUGCUUCGUGGGUGCUAUGAAUGAUUGUGAAUUAACCAUUAUAUCGUAGACGGUUUACGAUCAUCGUUUGCCGUCACCCUUAGUCCUCGUGAAUAACUUCUAAUGAUCAAACGUUGCUGCUUUACUUUCGGUGCUAUAUUGACCAGGAUUCUUGGUAUCAGCUUUUCUUAUUCUUUUAUUUGUAAGUUUGACCAGCAUAUGUUAGACCUUUAUAAAGUUGUGCCGUAUAUUAGUUCAUGUAAGAAGGUGAACAUGUCACCCGUAAAAUGAAAUAGUGGAGUGAAUUAUAAUGAAUAUAAUUAUUGGGUGAAUUAUAAUGGAGACCCAUUAACCGUAAGACGUAAAGUUAUGAACGACGGUUAUAUUACAUAGCUGUGAUUGACGCCUUCUUAUAUAAAUAUUAGCUCGGUGAUUAAGGCUUCAUAUGGCGUGAAAAACAUAAUCUAUGAUACAGAUGGCACACCUGUACGCUGCCCAAGUUAACUAACAUGAUUUUGGAGAAAUAUAAUUAAACCUCGAA